CCGCUUGCCUGAGAAGAGGAGAGAGGGGAUAGAGUGCGUAAUGAAGGAUACGGAUAAAGAGCAUGAAGGAGGCAGAGGGAGAACGGGAACAAGAAAAUCCGAUAAAGAUCAGGUUUGGCUCAUCUAUUAUAAACACUUGUACCUUACUGAGUUAUCACGCAAUUCCGCAUAUUAAAUAGCCCGUGUCUUUUUGGGUAGUGUAUGCCAAAAUCGUGCGUAAAUGGUACAGUAGGCUAUGCACCAAGCGAUUCUGUGUUAAAUGUUUAACUGAAAGCAGCGGUAUAGUGUUACUUUUAUAAUAUAAUACAAAAGUUUGCCAAAAGAAAAAUUUACUUUUCUUAUCUUUGAAAUGCAUUCUAAAUGUACAUCAGUCGGGUUUUAGACCAGGUCAUAACACUAUCUCUGCUGCAUCCCUAGUUAUAAAUGAUGUGGUUCACUGUAUGGAUAAAAGGUAACAUUGUACUGCCUUCUUCAUUGACAUGUCAAAGGCUUUCGAUACUGUUGAUCACUCACUGCUAAUUGAAAGGCUUUCCUCAAUUGGCCCUAUACCAGGCUGCAUGUAACUGGUUUAAAAAUUACUUGACAGAUAGAACUCAAUGUAUAUCUACUAAUGGUGUUAAAUCAGGUUUCCUGGGUAUUACGAAAGGUGUCCCACAGGGGUCGAUUCUGGGUCCUGUACUUUUUACUGUUUACGUUAACAAUAUCGACUUGUCUGUAAAACAUUGUAACCUGCACUUGUAUGCCGAUGAUACUGUUGUGUAUGCAAUUGACCCCACAGUUGACCAGGCUCUACCUGAACUACAGUCUGCCUUCAAUGUAUUACAGAAAAAACUUUAUUGACCUGAAAUUAGUACUGAAUGCAGGUAAAACUAAGUAUAUGUUGUUCUCUAGAGCGCAUAAAAAUAAGUCUGAUGAUUUAAGCAUAUGUACUUUAGAUGGUGUCCAUAUUGAUCGUGUCCCUGCUUACAAAAUCUGGAUAGAUGAAAAGCUGUCUUUUAAAAAGCAUAUUGAUGAGUUAGUUAAGAAGCUGAGAAUAAAAAUGGGCUUCUAUAGAAAUGGGUCCUCUCGCUAAAUAGUAGAAAGCAGAUUAUUCAGUCGACGUUCCUAUUUGUCCUAGACUAAGGCAACAUCAUCUAUAUGAACGCAGCUGCCACUUCAUUAAAGACGUUAGAUGCAGUUUAUCACUGGUGACAAUUUUAGUACUCAUCACUGCAUUAAUUUUUGUAGAAGCUCGUAUCCAGAGCAAUCAGGGUUAAGUGCCUUGCUCAAGGACACAGAGAGAUUUCUCACCUACGGGAUUCAAACCAGCAACCUUUCGGUUACUGGCCCAACGCUCUUAACCGCUAGGCCACCCAUCUCUGAGACCAGCAUUCUCUAACAGAAAAUUGUUUGGCCCUCUUUGAUGUCACGUAGGUUGAUAUAUUGCAGUGUUUUCAUUUGUAAAGCCCUUUUACAAAAAGUCCCACUGUACCUAACAUCAUUACUAAACUUUAGACAUACGAGUUACCACUCAGGGAUGGCUAACUCUGGAAAUUCCUUUGGUUUCUACUGAGUUAGGUAAAUCAGCUUUUAGUUUUCUUGCACCUUAUAUGUGGAACAAUCUUCAAAAUGUUCUUAAAUAUGAUGUUUUGGUGCCUCUAGGGCAAUUUAGAAAGCUGAUUGAGGACCUUAUUACUGAUUAAUAUGUUUGUGUUUUAUGACCAUGUUUUUCUUUCUGCUUGCAUAUUGUAUUUAUCUUUGAAUGUGUGUAUUUUCUGUAAUUGAUGCAAUUCAGGGCUCAUUUGUAAAAGAGACAUUGGUCACAGUAUGACUCCCUGAUAAAAUAAAGGUUAAAUCAAAUAAAAAUAAAAACAUUUAGGGGUAAAAUUGCAGUAGGCUACUGUGGCAGCUUGACCCAAGUGGGAUUACGCAGCCAUAUGGAACAAGUUGACGCCCAUCAAUUGUCAAAACAGACAUGCAAAACAACAUAGACUAGUUGGGAGAGUGAUAUCCAAUACGAAAGUGUGCCCACUUUGAAAGUUUCCAACCAGACUACCCAGCUAACAAUUCUAGGGAGAGAGAACAUUUUUGUAAUGUUCCCCAGAUGUUUGAGUGUCCAGUUUUCCAUUUUUUAUUUAUUUUUAUUUAACCUUUAUUUAACUAGGCAAGUCAGUUAAGAACAAAUUCUUAUUUACAAUGACGGCCUACACUGGCCAAACCCGGACGACGCUGGGCCAAUUGUGCGCUGCCCUAUGGGACUCCCAAUCAUGGCCGGUUGUGAUACAGCCUGGAAUGGAACCAGGGGGUCUGUAGUGACGCCUCAAGCACUGAGAUGCAGUGCCUUAGACUGCUGCCCCAUUAGUUAGGGUAACUUUCUAAGUAUGUUAGCAAAAAGUAGUAAAGUGCAAGUGCUGGUUCAUUUUUUAAAUUUAUUUUUUAUUUAUUUAUGUGGUGAAUUAUCAAUCCUUGUGACAGUUACUUACAGACCAUCAGUUUAGUCUUCUGCUGGAUAAAUGCCUACAGGCCUAGCCCUAGGUAUAGACCUACGAGUGGCGCAGUGGUCUAAGGCACUGCAUCGCAGUGCUAGCUGUGCCACUAGAGAUCCUGGUUCGAAUCCAGGCUCUGUCGUAGCUGGCCGCGACCGGGAGACCCAUGGGGUGGCGCACAAUUGGACCAGCGUUGUCCAGGGUAGGGGAGGGACUGGCCGGCAGGGAUGUAGCUCAGUUGGUAGAGCAUGGCGUUUGCAACGCCAGGGUUGUGGGUUCGUAAAAUGUAAUGUUAAACCAGAUUUUUUACUUUAUUGUAUUUCUGUGUCGAUGUUCGCCUAUUUUCUGAGUGGCAAUGACGGGAGAAUGACCAUCAGUGUUGUUGUAAAAACAGACCGCUCCUGUGCCAUGCGCGUCUCAAGCCGCCAGAGCAGGCUAGUCCAUCUUUCUCAGGCAUGAACUGACAGGACAAGAGCAGUCGGACACACAACUCAUUUAAGCUGCACAGCAGCUGGAACUGUCCGACAAACAAAGUAGUAAAAACAUGACUUGUAGGGCCCUCUGGCCUCUUGACAUACAUAAGUAUGCAGCCUCUAACAAACUAAACUUAGGAAUUAAAAUGAUACCAUAAUCUGUCACAAAAGAUAAGGCAUGAUAGCCCACAUGCUGGUACAGUUGUAGGAUCUUAAUUUGAUCACCCUGUUGCAGGAUAACUGUCGUGCAAUGCAGGAAAUUAACAAUUUGUUGUGUGUAUUUGAGGUUUAAAAAGGCUUCCACUUUGAAAUGUCAGACUUGAUUUUCCCUUAGAAUUUUAUCAACCUCUACAAAAAUGUCCAUUGAAUAUAACCCACAUAAUAAUUCACAUUUCCUGUUGCCUCAGGAAUAUUUUCCUGCUGUAGGAAACUGGCUCAAAUUAAGAUCCUAUAUCUGUAUGCACUAUGCACAACUGCCAUUGAUCUGAGAAAAAUAAACAAAGGAGAGAUAAGUGAUUGAAGGCUGGACAAGAGCGUUCAAGAGAGAAAAUACAAAGACAGUGAAAGAAAAGGUAUUGCACUUGUCUUGUGAUACCUUUAGCUUGUCCACUCAUUUGCCUCUCCUGUCUCUAUCUCUAAUGUACUCUGUUGAAUAGUGGCGCUUGAGUGGACUGGCUCAAUAUUUGCAUGGAGAGUGUGUGCGUGUGUGUGAGAGACAGAGAGAAUACGAUAGCAGCUAGCCGUCUUAAUGCAGUUCCACCACAAUUGAUAUAUCAUUUCUAUAUGCACUGACCAUGCUAUGACAGGUACUGGGUUGCAGGUCAAUGGGAAUGAAGGAUAUGAGUUCUGAAUAGAAUGUCAAUCCCCUUUCAGCAGCUACUGCUAGUCAGGUUCUACCAGUUACAUACAAGUUUUUUUACCUGACACUUACAGUAUCCCACAGUACAUUCUUGUCCAUACAACAGUACAAAAUCCUAGUUGUAAUGUGCUGUAAGGACACAGUGCUCAUGCACACAGGCAUACACUCACAAACACACAAUGGGUAUAUACACAAACACGCACACACACAGGGAUGAUUCUGACCAUCUGUGGUUCAUUAGGGGAGUUUCGAAAUGCAAAUAGCCAAGGUCGUGCACGAGCACUGAGACUGAUAACAAUUGGUAUUUAUCAAUGUUUAUCUCCUACCAGUGUGCGUAUAACGUGUGUAGGAUUGUUUGAUAAAUCACACUUUUCUAUGCAUAUGAACAUUCUAAAUUCUGUUUGUAAGUAACGGUAGCUAACACACUUUUGUACAUCGCACUGUUCUGUACAUUUGACCUUAUUUUAGUGCCCCAAAAACGUAAUACUUCCAGGUCAACUGUAAUAUGAAUACCAUUGUAAAGCACAAUGUCUCCCCUUUCCAGCAAAGUAAAUGACGAGACUUUCAUGCUGCCCGUCUCUGCAUGAUCGAAGAAAGCAAUGGAGCUCCGCAGGGUCUUUUUAAAAAUGGGGGGUGGGGAAGCGAAAGCUGCUGCGUCAUAGUGUGGGGAACUGGCUAAUUUCACCCGAUUUGUCCAACUUAUCACCUCUAAAAUGUAAAUAAAACACUAUAAAGAGUUUAUAUAAAGUCUCAUUACAUACCUAUUUGAAGGUUUGUGUCGAAUUUGAAUAGGUAUUUUAGGGCAGCGCUAGAUUUAUCUUCACAAUUAAACUGUGGUUGUCACGGGUUUUGAGAGUCAUGAUGGCUCGCAGUGAUUAUGCGAAAAAUUAACAAUUGAAUUAAUUAACUAUUGAUGAACUCACGAGUAAUUAACUUUACACUCACCAUUACACUCACCAUUGAUCAUUUCUUGUUUUUAAUCUGCGAGAGAAGCGCUACACCUGGUGGAAAGAGGCUGUACGGCACAGAAUGAGUUGAAUAAUGCCUGCCGUACGUUACGUCGUGACAUGUCACACUUUAACGUAGAGUGUCAGCAGGGUUAGUUUCUUCAACUUUUCUCCAAUACAAUUGGUCCAUUACCAUGUCAAUCAACGCUGAAUUGAAACUUAGUUCACACCCUGGAUUUUGAUGCCAACACAGUCGCUACAGUCCCAUUAGUUUUCAUUGCAGCCUCGUUUGAAUGCAGCGGUUGCCCACAUAUGUACGGAACGGAGUUAGCUACCGUUAGUGUUUUAGAAUAGUGUCUACGCAAUUUUGAUAAAUGAGGCCCCUGGAUAUUACCAAAGGUAUACCGCAGGGAUCGGUAUUGGGACCUGUCCUCUUUACUAUUUAUAAAUGUUAUAAAUAAUAUUGGUCUAUUUGUUAAAACUUGUAAUAUUCCUCUGUAUGCAGAUGACACUUAUGUAUGCCAUUUCCCCAACUGUUGACCAGGCUAUGUUAGAGCUGCAAUCUAACCUUGUUGCCUUACAGAAAUCCCUGGUUGGUUUAAAACUUGUACAUAAUGCGGGAAAGACUAAAUACAUGUUUCAGAUGGACUACCUAUUUAUUCAUUGGAUGGGCUCCCAUCGAUCGGGUUCCCGCCUAUAAAUAUCUGAGCAUUUGGAUUGACAAAGAUUUCAUGUUUAAAGUGUUGGUCCCAUGUUUCAUGAGCUGAAAUAAAAGAUCCCAUAAAUGUUCCAUACGCACAAAAAGCGUAUUUCUCUCAAAUGUUGUGCACAAAUUUGUUUACAUCCCUGUUAGUGAGCAUUUCUCCUUUGCCAAGAUAAUCCAUCCAACUGACAGGUGUGGCAUAUUAAGAAGCUGUUUAAACAGCGUGAUCAUUACACAGGUGCACCUUGUGCAGGGGACAAUAAAAGGCCACUCUGAAAUGUGCAGUUUUGUCACACAACACAAGGCCACAGAUGUCUCAAGUUUUGAUGGAGCAUGCAAUUGGCAUGCUGACUGCAGGAAUGUCUACCAGAGCUGUUUGCCAGAAAAUGGAAUGUUCAUUUUUCUACCAUAAGCCAGAGGAUUUGGCAGUACGUCCAACCAGCCUGACAACCGCAGACCACUUGUAACCACGCCAGCCCAGGACCUCCACAUCCGGCUUCUUCACCUGUGGGAUCGUCUGAGACAAGCCACCUGGACAGCUGAUGAAACAGGAGUAUUUCUGUCUGUAAUAAAGCCCUUUUGAGGGGAAAAACUCAUUCUGAUUUGCUGGGCCUGGCUCCCAAGUAGGUGGACCUAUGCCCUCCCAGGCCCACCAAUGGCUGCGCCCCUGCCCAGUCGUUUGAAAUCCAUAGAUUAGGGCCUAAUGAAUUUAUUUCAAUUUACUGAUUUCCUUAUAUGAACCCUAACUCAGUAAAAUCUUAGAAAUUGUUGCAUGUUGCAUUUAUAUUUUUGUUCAGUAUAGUUAAAAAGCAGACUUCUUUUUUUAGAACGAGAUCUUGCCUCUACCUAAACAGCAGGAAGCAGAUUGUACAGUCAACUUAACUGCCAGUUCUUGAUUAUGGGGACUACUACUCUUAACCCUUUGGAUGCUGUCUACCAUAGCGCCCUUUGCUUUAUCACAGGUGACAGUUUUAAUACUCAUCAGUGCAUCCUGUAUCAAAAGGUUGUCUGGUCCUCAUGAAAGUCCUGUAGAUCAUUUCACUAUUCCCUUUUUGUUUACAAAGCUAUACUACACAAGAUUCAAUUUACAUAAUUUCUCUCAGCAACUGCGAUGCAAUCUUUUCAUCCAAAUUCUGAAAAAAAUACAGAUUCCGAUUUUGACACAAUAAACCAUUUACAAUGUUACUAUAUUUGGAAUGGUAAACCAGGUAAAGUUAAACGAGCAUAUUUAUAAAAUGAAAAGGAGUUUGGAGGGUUAAAACUAUUAAAUAUUAAGGCAUUAAACCUCUCUCUUAAAGCCUCCAUUGUACUGAAAUUGCAUCAAAAUCCAAACUGGUUUUCUAGCAGGCAAUUAAGAGAGACCCAUCCUGUUUAAGAGUGGGCUCUUUACCUUUGUGGAUUGACAAUGGAUCUCUGUUUAAUGUAUCCUCCUUUUUAAAUGAAGUCAUGUAACAUUGCCUACAAUUUCAGUUUCAUCCUCCAGAAAAGGAAGAUCUAAUAGUACAGCAAAUAAUAUGGCUAAACUCCAAUGUACUGAUAGAGAAAACAAAAAUAUUGGAAGAAAUGUACAAGAAGGGUAUAAUAUUUAUGAAGGACAUUGUAAACAAGGAUGGUAAAAUUAUGUCACAAGCAACUAACAACAGUGUAUGGAGGUGUAUGCUCAAUUCAAAAUUAUAACCAACUCAUCACUGCUCUACCACAAAAUUGGAAGAGACAAUUACUUAAAGAAGAAAUGAAAGAAUUAGUCUGUCUGCCACCCAUAAAAAAUCAUAAAUGGCUUCAAAUUAUUAGUAUAAAUUAAAACAUGUAUCAGUUUCACUUAGUCAAAAGGUUUGACAGCAAUGCUGUAUACAAUUUUGGUUUGUCUGGAACCGGUCUUUGAUGUCCCAAUACCUUGGCAUCGGGUCUAUGAACUGAUAUAUAAAACAACAAUUGACACAUCAAUCCGUUCGUUUCAAUUUAAGCUAUCAUAUAAAAUAUUGCUACAAAAAUAAUGCUCAAUAUAUGGGGCAUUGAACAGUCAGCCUUGUGCAGACUCUGCCACGAGGAAAUAGAAUCAAUAGAGCUUAUUUUCUGGUACUGUCCAUCGGUGUCUCGCUUUUGGAGUCAGGUCCAGGAAUGGUGGUUAUGUCAUAAUAUCAGGGUUCAGAUGGACCUGCAAACUGUAUUGUUAAGGCAUCUGAAAAACCACGACCAGUCAAUGGGAAUUACAUUAGAAUUGUCCAAUUUCUGAAGUAAAUCUCUAGUUUUUAUGUAAAUUACAUGUUAUAGAAGGGUCCAGACACUUUUUGUGUGAUUUGGCUUCCUUUUGAGAAAUUUAACCCCAGCCACGAUUCACUUCCUUAUUGCUCGUUGUGUAGUAUCAGGGCACGCAAAAGACAUGAACAAAAGCUCUAAAAUAUGUCAUUUUAGAAACGGACACGCUAUCAGUAUAGUGAUGUAGGUCUUUAGAUGUUGUAUACAUUAAAUUGUGUCAUUCUGAACUUAAUCCGGGAUGUGUCCGUGUACUAUAGGGACACACUCGGCCUGCACAGCUGUGUGUGGGAAACAGCGCAACUUGACCAACAUUUAUAUUUUAACAUCUCUCCGUAUCUCAUCUCUAAAGAAGGAUUUUUAAACAUUGAGACAUUUAUUGUAUAUGUGUGCCAUUCCGAAGGUGAAUUGGGCAAGACAAAAUAUUUAAGUACCUUUGAACAGGGUAUGGUAGUAGGUGCCAGGCGCACCUAAUGUUUUGUACACUCAGUAUAUGUAUUGUAGUGGACCUGUACAUGGCUCAGUUCAUGGCACUAGCAACACCAGAGUUGUGGGUUCGAUUCCGACUGGGGUCACAUACCAAAUUGUGUGGACUGUUGUCACUGCUAUGUAAAUGGUAUAUAUUACGGUAUUACAGUACUGUACUGGCUGCCAAUGCAAUUUUAUUAAAGCAGUGUGACCCCCGCCCCAUCAUCUCUGAACUUGUCAAUAUUAAAAACUUAUUGUGAAGUAAAAUCAUAAUAGUCAUCAUCAUAGUAGUACAUUUGAGUGUAUAUAUAAAUAACAUACUUUUUAUGUUCCUACUUUACAGACAGAUUUUAAUUAUGUAGUUAUCAAAAUCUAUAGAAUCUAUAGGUUUACCAAACGUUUAAGGGAUAAUCAAUUAAGAACAGUCGGAUUAAGUAAUAGUAAAACCUAUUUUAACAAAAGAGAAGAGACUCAUAUCAAAAGUAAUGUGAGCAUUGCAUUGUGAAAGGACAUUAUUUUAUAUGAACAUUUAUUGCAAUGUGAAACAUAUAUUUCUAGAUGAAACACUGAUUAAGUUUGGUGAAAAAGUGACUGUAUGAUUUUGUGUGAAACACAUUUUUGAUGAUCUGUUUGAGUUUUGUACUAAGAGUUGUGAAAAUGUACCCAUACAGUACUUAUGAAAAUUGCACCAAAACGAUAAAAAGAACUGUAAUUACAACCAUACAGUGUACAUCCAGUUUAGCAUAACAUUCAACAUCUGUAGCCUGUUAGGUAACAGCGACUAAUAGUUACCCAAUUUCUUUCCCUCACAGAGUUGGAUCCCCAAGAUAAUCAAGAAGAGAGUGUGCACCACAUUCAUAGAGGACUGCUUUAGGUACAGCCCCUCCCUGGGUCGCCGUCUGUGGUCUGUGUUUUUGAUUUUGGGUAUUUUCUGUUGACUGUAAUGACUGGCUGUGUAUGUGUGUGUGUGUAUGUGUGUCUUUGUCUCUCUCUGCCCCUGUCAGUAAUGGGGCACUGUGCCAGUGUGGGGGUGUGAGUGAAACGCACGGCUCCAUCGCUACGAGAGACUAUUUCGGGGCAGCCAUCGUCAGCCAGUGGGACAGCUCUCAGCACUCCUCAGAGUACCCCACCGACGCCUUCGGAGAGUUGGAGUUUGCAGGGGCCGGCAGUAGGCACAGCCAUGUGGGUAACACACACUAACACGUGUGCACACACUCAUGCAUGGGCAUGCUAGGACAUACACAUGCUAAGACAUACACGGGAUUGUUCUCUGUCCCAGGUUGAUGACCUCAUAGGACAGUGUAUGUUUACUCAGCCGUGUCCAGCGCUCAAUCAAUCAGCCCAGGGUAUUACUAAAGUAUAAAUAACACUAGGACACACACACACAGCUCUGUCAGUGGCGGGAGGGUGGGUGAUUAAUGAAUUAGGUAGCUGGCUUACAGCCCGUCAACUCAUAACCAUCAAGUGACUCAGCUACACUACAUGACCAAAAGUAUGUGGACACAUUCUAGUCAAACAUCUCAUUCCAAAAUCAUGGGCAUUAACAUGGAGUUGGUCCCUUCUUUGAUGUUGGGCGAUUAGGCCUGGCUCGCAGUCGGCUUUCCAAUUCAUCCCAAAGGUGUUCGAUGGGGUUGAGGUCAGGGCUCUGUGCAGGCCAGUCAAGUUCUUCAACACCGAUCUCGACAAACCAUUUCUCUGUACAGCCCCAGACCAUUAUUCCUCCUCCACCAAACUUUAUAGUGGGCACUAUGCAUUGGGGCAGGUAGCGUUCUCCUGGCAUCCUCCAAACCCAGAUCGUCGGACUGCCAGAUGGUGAAGCGUGAUUCAUCACUCCAGAUAACGUGUUUCCACCGCUCCAGAGUCCAAUGGCGGCGAGCUUUACACCACUCCAGCCGACACUUGGCAUUGCGCAUGGUGAUCAUAGGCUUGUGUGCGGCUGUUUCCAGAGGCAGUUUGGAACUCGGUAGUGAGUGUUGCAACCGAGGACAGACGAUUUUUACGCGCUUCAGCACUCGGCGGUCCCAUUCUGUGAGCUUGUGUGGCUUACCACUUCAAGGCUGAGCCGUUGUUGCUCCUAGACGUUUCCACUAUACAAUAACAGCACUUACAGUUGACCGGGGCAGCCGGGGGGGGGGCAUGGGCAAGUUGCAGCGGAGGGUGCAGAGCUGGUGGCCGGGGUAGUGGUAGCCAGGUGGAAAGCAUGGCUAGCCGUAGCAAAAUGCUUGUUGAAAUUCUCGAUUAUUGUAGAUUUAUCGGUGGUGACAGUGUCUCCUAGCCUCAGUGCAGUGGGCAGUUGGGAGGAGGUGCUCUUAUUUUCCAUGGACUUUACAGUGUCCCAAAACUUUUUGGAGUUAGUGCUACAGGAUGCAAAUUUCUGUUUGAAAAAGCUAGCCUUUGCUUUCCUAACUGAUUGUGUAUAUUGGUUCCUGACUUCCCUGAAAAGUUGCAUAUCGCGGGGGCUGUUCGAUGCUAAUGCAGUACGCCACAGGAUGUUUUUGUGCUGGUCAAGGGCAGUCAAGUCUGAGGAGAACCAGGGGCUAUAUCUGUUCUUAGUUCUGAAAUUUUUGAAUGGGGCAUGCUUAUUUAAGAUUGAGAGGAAAGCACUUUUAAAGAACAACCAGGCAUCCUCUACUGACGGAAUGAGGUCAAUAUCCAUCCAGAUUACCCGGGCCAGGUCAAUUAGAAAGGCCUGCUCGCUAAAGUGUUUUAGGGAGCGUUUGACAGUGAUGAGGGGUGGUUGUUUGACCGCGGACCCAUUAUGGACACAGGCAAUAAGGCAGUGAUCGCUGAGAUCCUGGUUGAAGACAGCGGAGGUGUAUUUAGAGGGUAAAUUUGUCAGGAUGAUAUCUAUGAGGGUGCCCAUGUUUACAGAUUUAGGGUUGUACCAGGUAGGUUCGUUGAUAGUUUUUGUGAGAUUGAGGGCAUGUAGUUUAGAUUGUAGGUUGGCCAGGGUGUUAAGCAUAUGCCAGUUUAGGUCACCAAGCAGUACGAACUCUGAGGAUAGAUGGGGGGCAAUCAGUUCACAUAUGGUGUCCAGGGCACAGCUCAGGGCUGAGGGGGGUCUGUAGCAAGCGGCAACAGUGAGAGACUAAUUUCUGGAAAGGUGGAUUUUUAGAAGUAGAAGCUCAAACUGUUUGGGCACAGACCUGGAUAGUACGAUAGAGCUCUCUACAGUAGAUUGCAACCCCACCCCCUUUGGCAGUUCUAUCGAGAUGGAAAAUGUUGUAGUUGGGGAUGGACAUUUCUGAAUUUUUGGUGGCCUUCCUAAACCAGGAUUCAGACACUGCUAUGACAUCAGGGUUGGCAGAGUGUGCUAACGCAGUGAAUAACUCAAACUUAGGGAGGAGGCUUCGGAUGUUAACGUGCAUGAAACCAAUGCUUUUACGGUUACAGAAGUCAACAAAUGAUAACGCCUGGGGAGUAGGAGUGAUACUAGGGGCUACAGGGCCUGGGUUAACCUCUACAUCACCAGAGGAACGGAGGAGGAGUAGAAUAAGGAUACGGCUAAAGGCUUUAAGUAUUGGUCUUCUAGUGCGUUGGGUACAGAGAAUAAAAGGGGCAGGUUUCCGGCCGUUGUAGAAUAGAUCCAGGGCAUUAUGUACAGAAAAGGAUAUGGAAGGAUAUGAGUACAGUGGAGGUAAACCUAAGCGUUGGGUAACGAUGAAAGAGAUAGCAUCACUGGAGGCACCGAUUGAGUCGGUCUCCGCGUGUGUGGGGGGUGGGACAAAGGAGCUAUCUAUGGCAGGUUGAGCUGGGCUGGGGGAUCUACAGUGAAAUAGUACAAUAAGAAAUAACCGAAACAGCAAUAAGCAAGGCAUAUUGACAUGGGAGAGAGGCAUAAAGCAAUCACAGGUGUUAUUCGAGAGAGCUAAGACAACAGCUCAUAAUGGCGACAAAGUUUGGGCUGAGGCUAAACAUAAACAGGAUGCGUUACCGUAUAAAGGAACAGUCCAGCAGGCAUCAGCUGUAUAGCUGAGUUAUCAUAAGGUUCGGUGAACAGCAAUAGGAGAGUUCGGAGGUAGUUCGGGGGCUGUUAUAGUACUGGCGAGCAAGAGGCCACAGCUAGUGUGUGCUAGCGGGCCGGGGCUAGCAGAUGGAUCUUUGUGGUCGACGUCGUAACGGGAAACCUGUUGUAAUCGCAUCAGACGAUUUCGUCGGCAGACCAGCCGUGUUGGAUCGGCGGGGCAUCGUGUCAACACUAGGAGGUCCCGUCCGGUUGACAGAGGUAGAUAGCUGGGAGAAGGGCCUGGCUCGCGGCUAGCUCGAGGCUGAUUAGCCAACAACAACAUCCAUUUGAUUGCAGCUAUCUAGCUACGAGGAUCCGGUGUUAAAGGUCCAGUGAAUCAGUGAUUCCGGCAGAAAAACCGAUAUGUUCUGGGUCGAUAACGCGCUGUGCAGACAGUGCAGACUGGCCGAUAAUAGUCCAGGCUAGAGCUGGCUGGUAGGUAGUGCAGGCCACGGACAAUGGUGAGAAACCGCUAGCGGUGGCUAAUGGCAAGUAGCUAGUUAGCUGGCUACUCCCGUCCGGUAGACAGAGAGGUAGAUAGCCGGGAUAUGGGCCUGGCUCAAGGCUAACUGGUGCUUGCUUCAGGGGCAGUGGUGAUUAGCCAAACAGAAACAUCCAAUUCGGUUGCGGCUAGCUAGUUGCGAUCCGGUGUUAAUGUCCAGUGAUUCAGUUAUUCCGGCAGAAAAUCCGAUGUUCUGGGUGAAAACCGGUAACGGUGGCUAAUAGCAAGUAGCUAGUUAGCUGGCUAGCUGGUAUCAACUGGAGAUUCUAGAUAAAAGGUAAGUCAAUAAUAGAAUCCGUUCCACAUUGAGUGAGGUGGGUUGCAGGAAAGUAUAUUUUGUAGAAGGAUGAAAAGUGUGAGAGGGAAAUAUGUACGAAAAAUACAAAAAAAUACAAAAAAACAUACUUUUGUAUAUGUAGUGUAUGUUACCUCAUAAACCUACUGAGUGAUUGAAUUUAUGCUAAUCUCAUGAUUUACCAUUUUAGUGGCUUUGUGGUUAGAAUGUCUGCCCUAAAAUUGGAAGGUUGGGGGUUCGAUCCCUUGUCAGAUCAUACCAAAGACUCUAAGAAAUGGGACCUGAUGCCCAUGCUCGGCACUCAGCAUUAGGGGGUGUACUUGUACAUCAAGUUGCCUCACGCUAAAGAAACAGGAGGCUACUGCCCUGUGGGCCAUUCUGGCUCGGACAAAGCAUAAUUCUCCAAGGUUUACUUACUUACCUAAUCUCAUGAUGUUAUAAGAUGCUAUAAGUUAUGAAACGAAUAUGACACUCAAGCAUUAAUUGACACUAAAUGAAUAAAAAUAUGAACAUAGUUCAUUUCAAUCUCUUGCUCGUUUACGUCGGGCCUGGUUGCUCUGUAAAUUGCUAGUGAAGUGUCUUUCAUAUACACAAAGAAAGAGCUUUGAUGUAGCAGAGGUGAGGUAUGAGGCUGUCAUAUUUAUUCAUUUCACAGCAGAACGUCUGUCUGGCAUUCUAUGGAAUGAUGGUAGAGGAGUCAGUGUUCUAGCAGUGCUGCCAGGCCUCACGACAUUGGCUCAGUCAGACGGAAUAUUCUCACCUGUACUGAUAUCUCUUCGCCACUGAUUAACUACACCAUAGGCAAAAUAACCAAUUAGCAAUUACUUUAUGUAGCCGCACCAGUAUUCACCACAUUCUCUUGAUUAUUAUCACUUUAUUGCGAUACUCAUUGUCCCCUCCUCCACCUCUUCCAUUCUCUCUUCCUAUUGAUCAGUUCCUGCGUCUGUCGUGCGACACCCCCCCUCAGAUCGUGUACACCCUGAUGACAGCCCACUGGGGGUUACCCUCCCCCAACCUGGUGGUUUCUGUGGUGGGGGGUGAGGGGCGUGAGAAAGUCAAGACCUGGGUCAGGGAGGUGCUGAGACAGGGGCUGGUCAGGGCAGCACAGAGCACAGGUGAGACACACACAGACACGUUACCCUGCACCUUAGAGACCGCUGCAUUGAACACUGGUCAAUGUUUACAUACUGUUUUACCCACUUUAUAUGUAUAUACUGUAUUCUAGUCAUGACUUAUCCUAUAUACAGAUAUUGACAAAUGUUCCACAUAAAUAUUCUGCGGUUGGUGUUUUCUGUAAUGAUUUAAGUGACCAUUGUGCUGUUGUUGCUAUUAGAAAUACUAAAGUACCUAAGACAAACCCACGCUUUAUUCGUAAGAGAAAUGUUAAGAGUUUUAAUGAGCAGGCUUUCUUUCAUGAUUUGUUUUAUUUUGACUGGAGCAAGAUUGAGCUUAUUCCUGAUGUGGAAACUGCCUUGAAGUUCUUUCAUGAUGUUUUUUUUCCAAAUAGUAAACAAACAUGCCCCAUUCCACAGGUUCAGAGUUAAAGGGCGGGAUAAUCCAUGGUUUUCUUCUGAGCUGUACUGUAUUAUUCACAAACGUAAUCUAGCCUUGGCUAAAGGAAGGAAGUCAUGUUCUGAUGCUGAUUGGCUUCUUUUUAGGCAGCUACGAAACAAGUGUUCUUCUCUUCUCAGGAAGACCAAGUCUGAAUAUUUUAUGUCUGUUACCACUGAUAACCUGAAUGACCCUAGAACGUUUUGGAAGGCUAUUAAGUCUAUGUCUGGUAAUAGUAAUGUUAAUGAAAUACCGUCAUGUGUAUUGAAGGACUCUGUUGCUGUAUAUGACAAAACUGAAAUGCUGAAUUGUUUCAAUGAGCACUUUGUAUCAUCUGGUAGGCUGUUUGAUUCAGUAUCCUCUGUCUCUGUACAACCUUGUGUGGAUGAACCAAUGAGAGCUGGUCAAACUUUUAGCUUUUUGCCAUUCUCAGUGCAGGAGGUACAUAAAGCCCUGAAAUCCUUAGAUCAGAGAAAGCCUGCAGGUCCUGAUCUUAUUGAUCCCUGCUUUUUACAACUGGCAGCUGAUUUCAUAGCUGAACCACUUACAUAUCUGUUCAGUCUAACCCUGGAAUGUAAUGAAAUUCCAAGGAUCUGUAAAUCAGCAUUUGUCCUACCACUUUUAAAAGCCCUUGACAAAAAACAGCACUGUCUCACUUUUUAUUGAUCUCUCUAAGGCUUUUGAUACAGUUGAUCAUGCUAUACUGAGGCAGAGAUUGUCGAGUGUAGGUCUUUCGGAGCAUGCAGUUGCAUGGUUUGCUAACUAUCUGUCUGAUAGAACUCAGUGCACUCAAUUUGAUGGGCUCAUGUCUGUUAAAUUGUCUGUCUGUAAUGGUGUGCCCCAGGGCUCUGUACUUGGUCCCCUCUUAUUCACUAUUUAUAUAAAUAAUUAAGACAAAAAUGUGCAAAAUGCGCAACUUCACUUUUAUGCUGAUGAUACUGUUAUUUAUUGUUGUGCCUUGUCUCUCACUAAAGCUUUCCAGAACUUGAAAACUACUUUUUAUACUGUUCAUCAUACCUUGUGUCAAUUGAAGCUUAUCCUCAAUGCUGACAAAACUAAACUAAUAGUGUUUUCUAAAGCAAGAAACAGACCACUGAACCUUUCACCUAUUACUACCUGUCAGGGCAAUGAGAUUGAGGUUGUAACCUCAUAUAAAUAUCUUGGAAUGUUAAUUGAUGACAGCCUCUCUUUUAAAUAGCAUAUUCAACAACUUACAAAAAAAUUGAAGCUGAAGUUGGGAUUUUAUUUUAGGAAUAAGGCCUGUUUUUCUUUUGAAGCCAGAAGGAGGCUAGUAUCAGCUACAUUUAUGCCUAUACUAGACUAUGGAGAUAUUUUAUAUAUGAAUGCUUCCGCUCAGUGUUUGAGAUCAAUUGACACCCUUUAUCAUGGAGCAUUGAGAUGUAUUUUAAACUGCAAAACCCUUACGCACCAUUGCACUUUAUAUACCAGGGUUGGCUGGUCUUCUCUAGUCACUUGUAGGCUCUGCCACUGGUAUACUUUUAUUUACAAAGCCAUUUUGGAUUUACUACCAUUUUAUCUAGCCAUUUUUAUUCUUCAGAAAUUUGGUGGGUACUCCCUUGGUUCGCAGGGCUUUAUCCUGCUAACUGUUCCAAAUGUCCUAACUGAAUUUGGUAAAAGGGCUUUUAUGUACUCUGCGCCAUCGGCUUGGAACGCCUUACAAUAUACUUUUAAACUGGAAGAACUUGGUGUUUUUAAAUCAUUGAUGAAGGAUUUUGAGGCUGAUUCCUUCACCUGUCAAUGUUUCUAAAUUCCUGUUUUAUGAUUUUGUUAUGCUCCUGUGAUUUCUAUGGAUGUUUACUAGAUUACUUGUAGUUGUAACAAGUACUGAGGAUACGAAGAGGCAGGACGCAGACGCAGGAAUCAACAAUGUAAAGGUUUACUUAACACUGAGCAAGAGAACAACAAAGAGCGAGUACACGACAAGACACUAACAAUCACACACAACACAUCACUGAACAGUCCAGGGCUAUAUAGGGGUGGUGAUGAGAUGAUGAGGUGCAGGUGCGCUGGAGGUGAUUAGGGUGCGUUGGGUUUCCAUUCCGGUGUUGCCGAGGUGGUGCGCUCAGACUGGUGUCUCAGUAGACCGGCGAAUCAGAGCGCCGGAGGGGAGCAACGGGAGGAGACGUGACAGUCGUUUUUCAUGAUGUCUGUCUGUAAUUGUGUAAUGACUUGAUACUGCCUAUCUUGGCCAGGACGCUCUUGAAAAAUAGAUUUCAAAUCUCAAUGAGCCUUUCCUGGUUAAAUAAAAUAAUAAAAAACACAGUUCAUUAUCAUAGCAGCCACAUAAAAUCAGCAUGAUCACUUUGCUCGUUGUAUAUAUAAUUAAUUCUCGCAACUAUCUACGCGCUCUCCUCCUCUCACCUUUUCCCUUCGCUUGUGGACUUCAGUGCACAACACAUCAGAUGUCUGUGACCAGGCGAAAACACCUUUCCAAGCCAAACCUUCAUAUCAUGACCGCUAACGCUACACACAGCCUACAUCGUUGUCAAGAACUAACGCGUUAGUAAACCCGCUAUAAUCAUGCAGUACAGUGUACAUUCAGAAAGCAGUGUAGCAGUUACACCGGCGGCCCCCGUGGCAAUAAAUGUAUAAAACCAAAAGCUUACCUUGACUUGGAAGAGUUCCAGUGUUGGAUAGCCAGCUAGCUAACAUAGCCUCCCUUUCUGUUUGAGCCGGGUGUUUGAGUAGGCUAAACUAGCUAGCUACAACCAAAUCUAUCUCUCUCUCUCUCUCUCUCUCUUGCUCUCUCUUCGAGUCAACUACUCACCACAUUUUAUGCACUGCAGUGCUAGCUAGCUGUAGCUUAUGCUUUCAGUACUAGAUUCAUUCUCUGAUCUUUUGAUUGGGUGGACAACAUGUCAGUUCAUGCUGCAAGAGAUCUGAUAGGUUGGAGGACAUCCUCCAGAAGUUGUCAUAAUUACUGUGUAAGUCUAUGGAAGGGGGUGAGAACCAUGAGCCUCCUAGGUUUUUUAUUAAAGUCAAUGUACUCAGAGGAGGACAGAAGCUAGCUGUCCUCCGGCUACACCAUGGUGCAACCCUACAGAGUGCUGCUGACGCUACUGUAGACUUUAAUUGCAAAACAGUGUGUUUGUGAGAGUGUGAUUUGAAGGAGUCAGGCGCAGGAGGGUAAAUCACAGAAUACAGAGUUUAUUCCGUCGUACACAGUUACGCUGGAUAGCGUCAACAGUCCAGUGCGCAAAACAGGCGCACUGGAACAAAUACAGGCACACAGGGAAUAUAUACCAAAACAAAACAACGUACAGGUAGCUCCACCAAGCUACACUCAUCUCACAUGAAACAAUCACCCACAAGGACAAGGGGGCAGAGGGAACACUUAUACAUGUACUAAUGAGGGGAAUAUGAACCAGGUGUGUGUAAUUGACAAGACAAGACAAAUGGAAUGAUGAGAUAUGGAGCAGCAGUGGCUAGAAGGCCGGUGACGACGAACAAGGAGGGGAGGCAGCUUCGGAGGAAGUCGUGACAGUGUUUUAAUCAAUUAUUUGGUGAAGUGAAUACAUUUAGUAUAGUUUUGCAAAGCUGUCAUCAAGGCAAAGGGUGGCUAUUUGAAGAAUCUCAAAUAUAAAAUAUAUUUUGAUUUGUUUAACACUUUAUGUGGUUACUACAUGAUUCCAAAUGUGUUAUUUCAUAGUUUUGACGUUUUCACUAUUAUUCUACAAUGUAAAAAAUUGUAAAAAUAAAGAAAAUCCCUUGAAUGAGUAGGUGUUCUAAAACUUUUGACCGGUAGUGUAUAUAUAUAUUCCGGACUCUGACAUUGCUCGUUUUGAUAUUUCUAAAUGUCUUUAUUUUUACCUUUUGGAUUAUGUGUGUAUUAUUUUGUAUUGCUAGGUAUUACUGCACUGUUGGAGCUGGAAACACAAGCAUUUCGCUGCACCUGCAAUAACAUCUGCAAAUCUGUAUACAUCACCAAUAAACUUUGAUUUGACACACACACACCCAGGUUUCCUGGGUUUGAGGUUGGUCAGGGCGGAACAAAGCACAGGUGAGAACAACGCCCACUCCGUUUAAUCUAUUUGUUUAAUAUAUAAUUAAUUCAUACAUGUGAUCCCCUUAAGAUGAACCAUCUCUGUAACAUACAGGAAAUAUGCAUCAUGACGCAGUUAUAAUGCGUUAUACGCUUUGUCAUAAGUAUCUAUGAACCCCUUAUGCUAUCUUGAGUUUUUUUCAACACUAUGGACAGAACUAAUGAUUUUCUGGCAGAAAUACUGUACCUAGCCCCAAGAUCCACUGAGGACAAACAGCAUGGUUGUUUUAUAGAUAGGUAUUGACGAUAUCAACUGUCUCCAAUGAUCCUAUGACGUCACUACAUUAGCUUUUUACUUUCAUAACGUAUUGUGGGGACUGAGCGGAUCAGGUGGAAUUAAAAGUAUGUCCGUUCUACCAAUUAGAGUUGCUACUGUAGCUUACCCUCCUCGUCUUCCUCCUCCUCUUCCUUCUCCUCCUCUUCCUCCUGCUCUGGCUGUAUGGGUUAAAAGUUUACAGGACACAUGACCAUCUAGGCCAGACAGUUGUUGAUUAAAGCAAGGCAGGGCAAUAAGCAGGUUGUCCAUAGAGCAUAAAGUUAGCAGAUACAGCAAUGGUAAGAGGCCAACCAGAAGGUCAGAUGAGUGCUCGUACAGAGAAGGAACAGGAUACAUCUUUCACUGCCAGUCACAUAUUUUCACAGUGCCCUUGACUCAUAACCAACAAGCUUCUGUUCCUUAUCUGUCUAUUGUCCAUUGUCUAUGAUCCUGGUUGCUCAGUUGGUAAGAAUGUGGUACUUGCUAUUCCAAGGUUGUGGGUUCAAUUCCCGCAGGGGUCACAUUUAUGCACUCACUGUACUGCAAGUCGCUUUGAAUAAAGGCAUCUGCUAAGUGGCAUAUUAUUAUUGUACCAUAAAUAUUUCUCUCAUGCUCUCUCUCAAUCUCUCAAUCCCUCACUUCCCCCUCCCCCCAUAUCUCUCCCUCCCUCUUUUAUUUUUCUCCCUCCCUCCCUCUCUCUCCCUUCUCCUCUCCCUCCCCCCUCUCUCCCAGGGGCGUGGAUAGUGACAGGGGGGCUGAGGGAGGGGGUUAGUCAUUGUGUUGGGGAAGCAGUGAGGGAUCAUGCAGCGGCGGCCUCCUCCCUGUCCCAGAAGAAAGUCAUCGCUGUGGGCGUGGCCCCUUGGGGGUUGGUGCACAACAGACAGCGCCUCAUCAACGCACGGGUACAUGCACACGCACACACACUGUUCAAUGUAUACAGAAUUAAACAUGCACGUGACACAGACACACACACACACACACACACACACAGGAAUGCUUAGGAACACACUACUGUACACUGGCACUGUAUACAAUUAUAGAAUUUCAUUCACUUUCAUCUCUCCCCUCUUUGCUCCUCACUCACUUUCCUAAUUUAUUUCUGUCCCCGUCCUUCUCUCUUUUUAUCCCUACUGUCUUUCACUCUAUUUCUUUCUCUCAGUUCAAUAAGAUGUAAUUUUACGUAGAGAAAGCCAAAACCACAGGAAAUCAAAUUAAUAACAAUAAGGACAUUUUAUUACACAAGGGAUGGGAAUCACAAUGUCUUCUCUCUCUCUCUCUCUCUCUCUCUCUCUCUCUCUCUCACUAUGUUUCUCUCUCUUUUUCUCUCCCUCUCUCUCUACCCUCCUUUCUCUACCCUGAUCUCACUCUCCCCUCUCCCUUUUCUCUCCUCCUCUGAUCCCAUUCUCUAUCCCUGAUCUCUCUCUCCCCCCCCCCCCCCCUAUCUCUCUUUCUCUACCUCCCUCCUCCUCAGGGUAGUUUUCCAGCGCGGUAUUAUGUCCAGAACACGUCCCAUGAUUCGUGCUCCCUGGAUAGUAACUACCAGGCCUUCCUGCUGGUGGAUGAUGGGAGUGUAGGCCGGCGGGGAGGGGAAAUGGCCUUCUGGGCCAAGAUGGAGGACUACAUCUCCCACCAACGCACAGGCAUCUGGGGUGAGACACAGCCCAGCUAGCACAUAACGUUCUGAGAACCAUCUGUUUCUUAGAGCUUGGUGAGAGCGUGGUUGUUCUAUGGUUAUUUUGCAUUCAACCUUCCCACAACUUUCUGGGAAUGGUGCAGGAUAGUUGCUUGGCUUUGGAACAUUCUCAGAACAUUUAAGGAACUUGACAAAAAAACCUUUAUUUUCUUGGUAUUUCAUUACUUCAACAGAACGUGUCCUAAAAGCUCAAACAUGGUUACAUUUAAUUUCAAUUCUAGGAACGUUCCCCAACUGGUUUGACAUUGUGAAUGUUCUCGAAUAGUUCAGGGAAUGUUAGGAAACAAUGUUCUUCUGUGGGAAUUUUAGUACUUCAGCAUAAAGGUUCCUACAGGUUUCCUCAUGGUUUUGAUUAAAGACAUGUUCUCAAAUUGUUCCGAUAAAGUUCAGAAAAAACGUUUUUCUGUGGGAAUUUCAGUACUUCCACAGAACAUUCCACACAAGUGCCUAUGUGGUUCUAUUUAAUGUCAUAUUUUUAUUAUAUUCUGGGAACGUUCCGUUAUGAGCAUCAACAAUACUAUCUUAUAUCCUCUAUCUUGUUAAAUGUGUUCAGGUGUGUUGGCCACGCCCACUAAUUAGCCACACCUGAUCUUAAUGAGUGUUUGUUUCCUUUGAAAUGGGGUCUGUUUGAAUAGACUACAAUUAACAGCUUUGUAUGCGUAAAAAAACAUAGCAUGCUAGCUCCAUCCUAGUUGCGCCGUGGUCUAAUUCCAUGGCUAGAGAACAGAAGCUCAUAGGUUUGAAUUUCACUGAUGCUCUGUCACAAUAAAAAAAAUGUGUUUGCAUGAUUAAUGCCUAAGGAAAUUCAUUUCCAUGUUUCUUAUCUGUGCUUGGAGUUCAAAAAAAGUUAAUCCAAAAAAAGUUAGCAGUCUUAUUGAAACAUUCAGUUAUAAUUUUAAGGAAGUUGUUAAAAAACCUCCAAAUAACCUAUAAUUUCCAUUCUCAGAGCGUUAAUAAAAGCUCCCAAGAUAACAUUCUCAGAACUUCCCUACAACCUAAAAAUAAACAUUCCCAGAACAGGCAAAAUUUUCACUUCUGUUCUCGAAAUGUUUAAAAAACGUUUUGGCGGUCAGAAAUGUAGGGCUUCAUUCCCUCAACCAAUGUGGAACCAAAAACAUACGUUCCCACAACUUCCAAGGAACCAAAUGUGAUAGCUGUGUGUGCAAUAAUAAAUCACUCUGUGUGCAACAAUAGUGUUUAACAUGAAUGACUACAUCAUCUCUGUACCCCACACAUACAAUUAUCUGUAAGGUCCCUGUCGAGCAGUGAAUUUCAAACACAAAUUCAACCACAAAGACCAGGGUGGUUUUCCAAUGCCUCACAAAGAAGGGCACCUAUUGGUAGAUGGGUAAAAAAAUAAGCAGACACUGAAUAUCCCUUUGAACAUAGUGAAGUUAUUAAUUACACUUUGGAUGGUGUAUCAAUACACCCAGUCACUACAAAGAUACAGGUGUCCUUCCUAACUUAAAUUGCUGGAGAGGAAGGAAACCGCUCAGGGAUUUCACCAUGAGGCGACUUUAAAAGAGUUACAGAGUUUAUUAAUGACUGUGAUAGGAGAAAACAGGAUGGAUCAACAACAUUGUAGUUACUCCACAAUACUAACCUAAUUGACAGAGUGAAAAGAAGGAAGCCUGUACAGAAUACAAAUAUUCCAAAAUAUGCAUCCUGUUUGCAACAAGGCACUAAAGUAAUACUGCAAAAAAUAUGGCAAAGCAAUUAACUUUUUGUCCUGAAUACACAAAGUGUAUGUUUGGGGAAAAUCCAACACAACACAUUACUGAGUACAACUCUUCACAUUUUCAGACACUGGGAGAUGAAUUCAGCUUUCAGCAGGACAAUAACCUAAAACACAAGGACAAAUCUACACUGGAGUUGCUUACCAAGAAGACAGUGAAUGUUCCUGAGGGGCUGAGUUAACAGUUUUGACUUAAGUCUACCUGAAAAUGGUUGUCUAGCAAUGAUCAACAACCAAUUUGACAGAGCUUGAAGAAUUUUGAAAAGAAUAAUGGUAAAAUGUUGCACAAUUCAGGUGUGGAAAGCUCUUAGAGACUUACCCAGAAAGACUCACAGCUGUAAUCGCUGCCAAAAGUGCUUCUACAAAGUAUUGACUCAGGGGUGUGAAUACUUAUGUAAAUAAGAUAUGCCAAGUGUGCUUGAUAAAUAGUGAAAAUCAGCACAAAAGCAAUAAUGGCAUUAUAAUCAAUAAUGAAUAUGACAGCAGUCAAAAAUAGUCAAUUAUCAGUUGGAGCAUGUCCAUGUCACAUAAACAACGAAAGCUGGUGAGUGGUUGCGGAUUUUGUUUUUUGCUUUAGAUGUAAGGCCUGCCUACAGUGAUUACAUUUUGUGCUGAUAAUCGGUCAGUAGCAUUGUCACCAGCUUGUUCUAUCCAAACGGUGUUGUCCCUUCCUUUCAUUUGGUCGUUGUGCGACCACCUGCUCAGUGCGCACCAUUCUGUCUUUUUUUGCGGUAAGGCCUCGGAGCUGUAGGUUCAAGCUGAGGCUCAGAAUCAUAAGAAUAAUCAUCAGAGAUGUCAUCAUGAUUCAUUUCUUCCCCACCAUCUGAGUCGUUUUGAUUCAGAUUUUGUAGCAACGCUAACGCAGCAUGUGCAUCCGUUCAUCUUGGUCUUCUUGCCAUUGCAAAUUACGCACGUUCUCACUGUGUACUCAAAGUAGGCCAGAGUAGACUAUAAAACUGCUUGUAUUCGGUGGAUUUAUAGAGGGUAGACUACGUAUCAUUUUGAGAUUAUAAUUAUAAUAGAUCAAUACAAUAGAAUGGCCCUCCCCAUUCUUCAAUCACAAUUGGUGAUUACAUAAUUAUGACAUGCCAUACUCUUUUUGUCCAGACAGCAUCCGAUACAUGGGCUACACUUACUGAGACAGAAGGGCGCUGUUUCGCUCUCUCAGAUGCUUUGUCUGAGAUUGAUGCAUCUUUCUGUUGGCGCGCAUCUCAGUCAAAUUAAUUAUCAAUAUUUAAAUAUUUUAUUUUGAUGGGCAAGGAGGCCCGCCCAUAACGCCAGCCCUGCUUUGCUAGCGUUUGGUAAAUACGACUAGAUGAAUGUAUUUCAAUGAGUAGAUCCACAAUAAUGUGAUAGCUAGAUCACGCGAUAAAGCACCUAUCCAAUUCUCACGUAUUUGCAAUUAUAAAACUUGAUUUCAUUUUCGUAACGUUUGAGUUUCCAGACCUACAUGUCCUAAUGUCCUUUGCGAUAUGAUAUUAAACUCAAUGAUGCUUGUGUAACUUCUUUUGUAUCGCUAAUAUUCGGUGGGUUAUUUAUAUAUUUCAGUAAGAAAGACUAACGUUAACAAUAUAUAACAAUUCAUCCAAAGUUGAACUCAUCUGGCGAGCAACCCAUGGGAGUUUUGUUGUUGACAUCAACACUAUAAAUACUUGGCAAUAUUCUCUUCUGUGACUGAGAUCCGUCGGUGCACAAAUUAAAAUUCAAUCGAUACACAGAAGAUGAAUAUGGUCUCCCCGCCUUCCAACAGGCGCAAGCAAGUAGGACAUAUCGUGAAGCGUUCCAAUUGUGUUUUAUUUUUUAUAAGGAAAUAAUUUAAUGAUGCUUGUGUAAAAAUACAUAGUCUUAUAUUCUAAUAUAAGUAGUAAAUAAUGAAAUAUUCACACAUUGACAUUAAUAUGAUGGACAUUCACAAUAAGAUCACGUUUACAUGCACACUAAUAAUGAGAUAUUAAACGGAUUAUGGCAGUAGGCCGAGUACGGCAUUAGUCCUUUAAACACCUUACUCUGCUUAUCUUAAUCGGCGUACGGUCAUAAUCAAAGUAAGCAUAAACCGAUACAUCUGGUUCUCUGAGCAAUCUUUCAAAUGAUUCAGGACAUGUAAACGCCUUACUCAGAGUUAUAGCAGUGUAUUUGAUCUGUGCAUGUGCUAGCACGAGCAGCUCAAAUUGAAUUAUUUUGCGCGAGUGAAGGGAGUUCGGAAAUAUUUAAAGUAUGCAUCUCAGAAUUUUACAUACAAACUUUAUGUGUCAGAAUCAAAUAUGCUUCGCAAAAAUAACAUGGUCGCUUUGGUAGAACGUUUAUUUUGAUUGCAGAUGUUCUUCAUUUAUCAAAGUCCAAUCAGGUAGCCUGAUUUCAGAUGUGUCCAUGUAAAAGAAAAAUCGUUCUUCUUGCAAAGCAUGUAAACGUUAACUCAAACUAUUAUUUUAAUCUGACUAUUUACAAUAAUCAUAUUAUUGUGUGUAUAUGACCGUACUGAAUGACUCAUGACAAAAAAAACUUGACAAUGCCCUGUACCUUUUGUUUUCCAGGUAGUGGCAGUAUAGAUGUCCCUGUAUUGUGUAUGCUCAUCUCAGGGGAAGCUGCCAUGCUGGAGGUAAGCUAUGGCAACAUCACUAUCAUCACUUUGACUUACUUUAAUUUUCAUGACAUCACUAGGCCUAUAGUAAAUUACUGUGCAUGACCAGAACUUUUCGCUUAUCCCCUCUUUCUCUCUCUCCUUCCCUUUUGAAUUUCCCUUUCCCUCAUAUUUCUCCUUCUUUCACUUUCUCUCACUCUCUUUUCUGCUUUUCGCCCUCCCUCCCUCUCUCCCUCAGAGGGUGGAUCUCUCUCUGAAGAAGGCUACUCCCUGGCUGGUGUUGAAUGGUUCUGGUCCAGCGGCGGAUCUCAUCUGUGAGCUGCUGGAUGCCCUGUCAGCCAUGCCCAUGAUCCCCACCUCUCCCCCGCCAGAGGGUGAGGGGAGCGAGAGCCCCAGUGCGGAGCUGCGUGACAGGGCCCGUGAGAGGGUCCGGAGGCACUUCACUGCCGAGGCAGACCUGGAGAAGCUGGUGGACAGGGUGAGUGGGGGCAGGGUGGGCUGGGAUGUGUGUGUGUGUGUGUGUGGAUGGGUGUGUGUGUGUGUGUGUGUGUGUCAGGGAGAUCAUUAAAGAUUGACUUCAAAAUUGGAGGUCUAUCUAUAUAUACACUGAGGACGUCAGGAAAUGCCUUCAAAACCGGCCACUAGGGGCAGCAGUGAGCACUAGUACCAUCAAGUAGACUUGUGGCAUUGUGGGAUAGCAGAUGGGAAUAAUCCCAUGACUCUGGAUCAGAAGGUUGUGUGUUUGAUCCCGGUGGUGGGCACUGUUGUUUUUUGUUUUAACCCAAUCCCAAACCUUAACCCGUACAUUAACCAUUCAGAUUGAGUGCCUAAACUUAACCAUUAACUUAGAAAUGUGACUUUUGGAGAAAUGGAAUGAUACAGAGCAGUAGGAGCAACCCAGGGUGUCAAAAACACUUCGAAAUUGAUAAACGUUUAAUUCUGCAAUGAGACUGUGAGAGCUUGCUGAUGUGUGUGUGUGGAUGGGUGUGUGCAUGUGUUUGUGUGUGUGCAUGGGUGUGUGUGCAUGUGUUUGUGUGUGUGGAUGGGUGUGUGUGUCUGGCCGAUGUGAAAUGGCUAGUUAGCGAUGCGCUAGUAGCGUUCAAUCGGUGAUGUCACCCACUCUGAGACCUAGAUGUAGCUGUUUCCGUUUACUCUGGUGGAGCGAUAGGUAACGAUGCUUCUUGGGUGGCAGUUGGUGAUGUGUUCAGAGGGUCCAUGGUUCAAGCCCAGUUUGGGUCACGGAGAGGGACGGAAGUACUGCUAUGUGUCUGUGAGAGAGAAAGCAAGUUUGUGUACGUGAUAAUAAUCUUACUGUUUUUCUUUCUUCUCUAACCCCCCCUCCCCUCCCUCACCAGGCUCUGAGUAUCUAUCAGAACAGAGAUCUUAUAACAGUGUUCCACGGGGAGCAGGAGGGUCCUGAUGAUUUUGACACAGUGCUACUGAAGGCUCUCGUCAGAGGUAGGGGUGUGUGUGUAUGUGCGUGCGUGCGUGCAUGCAUUCUUCCAUCUGCAUGUCUAUUUGUGUCUGUGCGCGUGUGGAUAUGGUGUGUGUGUGCGUUUGAUAUCUGUUGACAGAGAUGUUGAACAUGAUCCUGGUCAAACUACUCAUUCGCUCGAUGUAUUUUUCUGUCAGCUAGUAAACGUGUGUCAAGUGAUGCCAGUGAGUACACAGAGGAGCUGAAGCUAGCAGUAGCCUGGAAUAGGGUGGACAUCGCUAAGAGUGAACUCUUCAACGGAGACAUCCAAUGGAGGGUGAGCUGCUCCUCACGAUCACCACUAUCACCACUGUUAAACAGCAUUUAUUUUCUUUGAUGUUAUUUAGCUGACAGGGUAUUUAUGACAAAAUGACAGACACAGUAUGUUUCCAAUAUCUCUGUAUCGGAUAAUAUGAGGAAAAUAAGGAACGAUACAGAGAAGAUGUUGGUGAAAGAAAUGUUACAUCUGUGGAGCGUUUCUUAUUUUUAUCACUCGAUACGAUAGUAUUGUUUCAAUUUUGACAGACAGAUACACAAUUUUAUUUGAGAUAGAUCGACAGAUGGACAUAUUUUAAAAAACAUCCUCCUGCAGUACGAGGACCUAGAGGAUUCCAUGACGGACGCGCUGAUCAACGACAAGCCCCAGUUCGUGCGUCUCUUCACUGAGAACGGCCUCAACAUCCUGCACUACCUGACAUACCGGCGUCUGGAGGGCCUGUACCGCUCGCUAUCCGACAGUUCUCUGGCCUACACGCUGCUCCAGCGCCGCCUCACAGAGAGGCAGGGCCUGGCCGAGUCCCUGCCCACCGUCCCCUGCUCUCCGGACAGCCCCUCGCCCCUCAAGAGCCCCAUAUCAGGACCCUCGUCGGCCAAAGAGCUCAGCUUGUAUGAGGUGAGGAGGGGUUGCACUUUAUUUUAUCGUAGUGGCUGCGGAUCCGACUUUUAUCAGACCUUUUCUUCUCCAGACAAAAGAUCCUGAAGCUUCUGUUUAUUCUCUACUUUACUCCCGGUCUCUGCUCGUAGAAAACAGGAUACUCUGGCAAAUGGUGCUUGUUUAAUAAAGUUAGGUCAUAGGUGAAUCAAUGUCUGCAAGAUAACAUAAUGCUAGUAUUCUACGCAAGUAAGACAAAAACACCACCGCAUUUUCUCUCAUAUGGCCAAGACUCAACAGCGUGGCAAUAUACUAGGCAAAAUACACAGGUAGGCUAUGCUACAGUUUGUUAAAACCAUCUGCUCUAAAAGUCGCUCAGUGUACAUCAUAUAAAACAACAGUGUAAGCUACUUCGAAACAACAAUGUAUAACUCAAGAAUAUCUAAAUGCAUAUCCCCAUGAAACUGAUUGAGAUCAAAUUAUUGGCAUGGGCGUUUCACCGGUAAAACGUAUCAUUCACGAUUGACAGUGAGAAAUGUCAAGGCAAGGAGACCACAAAAUGUGUGGGUAAAGUAGAGGUCAAGAAACACAUGCGCAGAAACUUCUGAAUCUUUAGUAGGGAGAAAAAGAAGUCAGUCGGCUCUGCAGCUGCAGCCUUUUUUAAAGUACUGAUGUGACUAGGUAUUUGUGGAGAAAUUAAAUGGUAAAAUGAUCAAAUAGGGAGGGGGAAAGGGGAUGUAUGGGGUCACUCACUGUGUGGAGUUGAGGAGCAUUUGAUCAAAUGUUUAGAUUUCUUUGAUAAUCUGCUUCAACACAUGAAAAAAUGCUAUAGUAUACUAUGGUAUAAAUACUAUAGUAUUCACUGUAGUGUUUUGCUGACUUUACUGUAGUAUACUGUAGUAUUUACAGUUCACAAUAGUAUAAAUACUGUAGUAAAAGCAAACUGUAGUAUAUACAGUGCAUUCGUAAAGUAUUCAGACCCCUUGACUUUUUCCACAUUUGGUUACGUUACAGCCUUAUUCUAAAAUUGAUUAAAUUGUUAUUUUUUUCCCUCAUCAAUCUACACACAAUACCCCAUAAUCACAAAGCAAAACCAGGUUUUUAUAAAUUUUUGCAAAUUUACACAAGGAUUCAGACCCUUUACUCAGUACUUUGUUUAAGCACCUUUGGCAGCGAAUUACAGCCUUGAGUCUUCUUGGGUAUGACGCUACAAGCUUGGCACACCUGUAUUUGGGGAGUUUCUCCCAUUCUUCUCUGCAGAUCCUCUCAAGCUAUGUCAGGUUGGAUAGGGAGCGUCACUGCACAGCUAUUUUCAGGUCUCUCCAGAGAUGUUUGAUCGGGUUCAAGUCCGGCCUCUGGCUGAGCCACUCAAGGACAUUCAGAGACUUGUCCCAAAACCACUCCUGCGUUGUCUUGGCUGUGUGCUUAGGGUCAUUGUCCUGUUGGAAGGUGAACAUUCACCCUAGUCUGAGGUCCUGAGCGCUCUGGAGCAGAUUUUCAUCAAGGAUCUCUCUGUACUUUGCUCCGUUCAUCUUUCCCUCUAUCCUGACUAGUCUCCCAGUCCCUGCCGCUGAAAAACAUUCCUAUAGCAUGAUGCUGCCACCACCAUGCUUCACCGUAGGGAUGGUGACAGGUUUCCUCCAGACGUGACACUUGGCAUUCAGGCCAAAGAGUUCAAUCUUGGUUUCAUCAGACCAGAGAAUCUUGUUUCUCCUGGUCUGAGAGUCCUUUAGGUGCCUUUUGGCAAACUCCAAACGGGCUGUUAUGUGCCUUUUACUGAGGAGUGGCUUCCGUCUGGCCACUACCAUAAAGGCCUAAUUGGUGGAGUGCUGCAGAGAUGGUUGUCCUUCUGGAAGGUUCUCCCAUCUCCACAGAGGAACUCUGGAGCUCUUUCAGAGUUACCAUCGGGUUCUUGGUCACCUCCCUGACCAAGGCCCUUCUCCCCCGAUUGCUCAGUUUGGCCGGGCGGCCAGCUCUAGGAAGAGUCUUUGUGGUUCCAUACUUCUUCUAUUUAAGAAUGAUGGAGGCCACUGUGUUCUUGGAGACCUUCAAUGCUGCAGAAAUGUUUUGGUACCCUUUCCCAUAUCUGUGCCUCGACACAAUCCUGUCUCGGAGCUCUACGGAAAAUUUGCUCUGACAUGCACUGUCAACUGUGGGACCUUAUAUUGACAGGUGUGUGCCUUUCCAAAUCAUGUCCAAUCAAUUGAAUUUACCACUGGUGGACUCCAAUGAAGUUAUAGAAACAUCUGAAGGAUGAUCAAUUGAAACAGGAUGCACCUGAGCUCAAUUUAGAGUCUCAUAGCAAAGGGUCUGAAUACUUAUGUAAAUAAGGUAUUUCUGUUUGUUAUUUUUAAUACAUUUCCUAACAUUUCUACAAACCAGUUUUUGCUUUGCCAUUAUGGGGUAUUGUGUGUAGAUUGAUGAGAAAAUAAUCAGAUUUAAUCCAUUUUAGAAUUCGGUUGUAACGUAACAGAAUUUUGAAAAAGGGAAGGGGUUUGAAUACUCUCCAAAUGCACUGUACUAUAGUAAUUAAUGUAGUGUGUUUGCGGCUUGUAUUAUACUGUAGUAUUUACUAUAGUGUUUUAGUUUUAUUAUCUUUGACAUUGGAGGCUUUCUCCUUGAGGAAACCUACUGGAGAAAUACUAAAAGAGCAAAUUUUCCAUAACCUAAAAGAGCAAAUUGUCCAUAAUCUGAACAGAUAGUUCAGCGCUUCUGCUAUUUUCUAUAACCUGUAGGGAACACAAUAUAUGGUCUAUACUUGAUAUGUAGGUUUCUCACUUAUGGUUGGCACAAAUUGGGAUAUGGUGGAGGGAAAUGGGCAGGGUAUAUGCUAAUUAAAUACAGUAGUAUUUACUAUAGUUUAAAAAGUGUAGUGUUUUUGCGGACAUUACUGUUGUAUUUACUAAAGUAUUCUACAGUAUACUACACCAUUCUAUAGUAAGUACUACACAUGAUCGAGGGUUACUACAGUGUGUAGUAUAGUAUUUUACAGUAUACUACACCAUUCUAUAGUAAGUAUUGUAGAAUUCUAUAGUAUUUUUUUCAUGUGGGUAGUCAUCUCAGUUCUAUGUGACUUCCUCUCGCCUCUCCCUCAAGGUGUCACGGCUUCUAUGGGACAUCCUGGGAGAUGUGUGUGAGCCCUUCUACUACAGCCUUCUGGGUUUGGACCAGAGCACCAGCACCAGGAGAGCAAUGAAGGUAGUGGUUGCAUUCCAAAUGACACUCUCUCCACUAUAUAGUGCACUACUGUUGACCAGGGCCCUGGUCAGAAGUAAGGAAAGGGAAAGGGGAUACCUAGUCAGUUGCACAACUGAAUGCAUUCAACCCAACCCCUCUGAAUCAGAGCGGUGCGGGGGGCUGCAGUUGUUGCUGGGGUUUAACUGCCUUGCUCAACAGCAGAUUUUUCCACUUUGCCAGCUCAGGGAUUCGAACCAGCAACCUUUGUUACUGGCCCAACUCCCUUAACUGCUAGUGUACCUGCCCAGUAGUGCACGAUAUAGGGAAUAGGUGCCAUUUAGGAUGCAACCAUUGUUUCUAGUAGUGUCCCCUCACAGCACUGUUCUACAUAGACAUGAAUUACAAAUGCAUUUGUUCUCAAUGACAAGGUACAGUGAUGCAGUGAUAGGGUAGCCUCCACCAAUAUAGUUGAAUGAUCAAUGCUACUAUGGUGAUACCACUGCAUUACUGGCCAUAUAAUGUAACUGUGACUACUUCACUCUCUCCCCCCUCUCAGCACAUGAAUAAGUUGUUGCUGGGGGAGUGUCCGUACAAGGAGCAGAGCUGCCUCUCUCCCUGGGCCUCUCUGUUCAUCUGGGCUGUGCUUCAGAACCGCAGCGAGAUGGCAGUCUACUUCUGGGAGAUGGUAAUUUAUUUAUUAAUUAUUUAAUUGAACCUUUAUCUGACCGGGUGAGUCAGUUAAGAAUAUAUGGGACCAGGCAGCUGUAAUGACAGUGAUAAACAAUGUGCGCACUCAACAGUCUAAUCUGUAGAAAAUGACAUGGACUCCAAAGGCCAUUCAUUAAAGGUAGACUCAGCGAUAUGACGUUGCCACGAGCAGCACCGCUGAUAUUGCGAUGAGCACGAUGCAAAACUUCGCUCUCACACAGUCACACAGAGUAUCUGCAGGGGUUCGCUUCACGCUACUACAACGUGGUAGGUACGGGACCGAAACAGUGGAGUGGUUUAGCCUCGCGCUUCAACGCUCUUAGUUGUUGUGGAAAUUUACCCACUACUGCUGUUUACUUUGUGCAUCUGCAUCAUCUCGCUGAGUCUACCUUUAAUUUACCAAUGCACAAUGCUUCUCUCUCUCUCUCUCUCUCUCUCUCUCGCUCUCUCUCUCUCUCUGUCUCUCUCUCUCUGUCUCUCUCUCUGUCUCUCUCUCUCUCUCUCUCUCUCUCUCUGUCUCUCUCUCUGUUCUCUCUCUCUCUUCUCUCCUCUCUCUCUCUCUCUCUCUCUCUCCUCUCUCUCUCUCUCUCUCUCUCUCUCUCUCUCUCUCUCUCUCUCUCUCUCUCUCUCUCUCUCUCUCUCUCUCUCUCUCUCUCUCUCUCUCUCUCUCUCCCCCCUCCCCCCCCAGGCUGGGGAGUCUGUCCACAGUGCUCUGGCAGGCUGUAGGAUGCUGAGGGAGCUGUCUAAGCUGGAGAGUGAGACGGAGACCAAGCUCUCUAUGAACGUGCUAGCCCAGAAGUUUGAGAACUUGGCCCAUGGUGGGUUAGCCUUAUCCUUGCUGUGUGUUUGUUCUGUGAGGAUGUCAAUGUAGUAGCCAUCAACUCUGUUAUGCAUACUGUGAGCAGCUUGUAUUUUGUGAGUGAAGGUUGUUACACCAUAAUGCCUUGUAGCAGUUCCACAUCAGACCGUAAGGGACCACCUGUUUGGAAAGUCUGCUGGAUGGCAUCCCAGUCUGGGACCAUUUGCAAUGCUUUCACACCUUUAAGAUGAGGACUGAAGCAAACAUAUCCGCACUCCUAAUGGGAAACUUCAUUUGAAAACCUGUGACCCAUUUCCUCUCUCUCUAGACGUCUUCAGUGAGUGUUGAGUGUUAACCCUUUAAUCAUCUCUCUAGACGUGUUCAGUGAGUGCUACCAGAGCAGUGAAAACCGCUCCUUCACCCUCCUUAUAAGGAAGUCUCCGGUGUGGGGCGGAGCUACCUGUCUGCAGAUGGCCACCGCAGCUGAUGCCCGCCUCUUCUUCAGCCAUGACGGCGUGCAGGUCUGUACUAAACCCAGGGGUCAGGGGUCAAGGUGUAUGUGUGUGUGUAGCUGAAUCCCAAAUCACCCCCUUCCCCUUCCCCUCUCCCCUCCGUCUUCCAUUUGCGCGUUCACACACUCCUCCGCCAUAUGCACACAGCAAAUUCUCCAGUGUAAAAAAAAGAAGCGGCAUGGUUGUUGCAGUCAUCCAUUUUCGGUCCUAUGGACUUCACCAAGUGAGAUCCUAAGCAAAUAGGUUAUCAUAAAGUAAGCCUUAUUUUGAGGGCCUAGUUUUACCCUAAUAUAGGGGCCUGACACUCAUACGCAUCACUUUAAACCAAAACCAAACCAUCAUUAUCACAUUUCCCAGCAUCCUCUAUGCAGGUUGAUUUUUUGAAUUGUUUGUUUCAAUAUCUAUGUUGGUGCAUAUACAUUGAUUUAUUGAGUAAUCAAUUAAUCUUAUGCUACUCAAAUAUAAAUUACAAACAUUUUCUAAACGAAUCUCUUGGACUUAUUUUACCCGUUACUGAAAUGGUUAUUCCAAUUUAGAUACUUUAGGUUGUCUCAUAGCUUAGUCUUCCUAACCUCCGCAGUCAUUCUGAAUACAUGUUGUGGUUGAUUAAAAAUGCCAAAUGUUGGAUAUCCCCACACUGGCUGGAUUCCAAUAGGAAUUACACAUCACCUUGCAAGCCAGCAUAAUCUGACUUCCAGUCCUGAUGUGGCCUGUAAACCAUGUGGUGUUGGGUAUUAUACUCUCAGGAAAAAGGUUUAGAUGUGUUCCGAAAGGGGUACAAACACAUGUCUCUGUCAGGUCAUCAUUUGUGCCUUUUGGUUAUAAGUGCAUAAUUGUACCCCAGUUCAUACCUCAGGCUUGCAAAAAUCUGGUGACUUUCCCAAAAUGCCCAGAUUUUCUAAAAAUCCUGGUUGAAGUAUUUCAGAUUGCCUGCUUCAGUUUCCAGGAAACUUCCAACCAGGAUUUCUGGAAAACCUGUACAUUUUGGUAAAGUUUCUUUGCAGGUAGCAAGUCACAUUAUGCUGACUUGCAAAGUGAUGUUUAAUUCCUAUUGGAAGCCAGCCAGAGUUAGGAUACAACAUCAUUUUUAUUCACCGGCAACCUGCAUUCAGAAAGAGUGCCAGGGUUAGGAACAUUGUGAGGAGACUACCUAAGGCAUUUAAACUGAAACAAAACAUUUCAGUAACGAGUGCCGUUUAGAAAAAUGUAUUUUAUUUAUCUUUGUGUAGCAUAAGAUUAAUCUAUCAAUCAAUGUACAUGCACAAACAUAGAUAUUGAAACAAACAAUUCAAAAAAUUAACCUGCAAUAGAGGAUGCUGGGAAAUAUGAUAAUGAUGGGCGGGGUUUUAGUUCAAAGUGAUGUGUAUGAGUUUCAGGUCCCUUCAUUAGGGUAAAACUAGGCCCUCAAAAUAAGGCCUUAUGAAAAACGUAUGGUAUUGUGUUAAAUAAUGUAUUUUUUUAAUGAUAACAUAUUCGCUUAGGAGCUCACUUGGUGAAAUCCAAAAGGUCCAAAAAUUGAUGAAUGCUACAACUAUGUAUCUGUCACUAACAAAUACAGUUAUAGGUGGUAACUCUACAAUUUACUCGAAAGGCAAUGCACUCUGGGAAAUAUUUGAAUAAGGCUUUACACAAAGCAGAGUGUUAAUUUAACACUGUUCCAAUGUCUAUAUGGGUCCACAGACUUAACACAUUCAGUGUUCAUUUAACUCUCUCAGUAGCUAGAUUUUCAUGCAAAUAUUCUUGAAUCCGCAUAAAGAAAAUAUGCUAUUUUCCCACCAGUGGUGUUUCCAACAAACUGAUUUGUUUCAGAUAACAUCAGUGCGUGAUGACGUAGUGCACACAAAAUGUACUUUUUCACUUAGGUUUUCAUGUACCGAAUAAAAAUCUAAAGUUCAAUAUGUUUCCAUCGCAUUUUCAACUCUACCGAUAGUUUUGUCACAAAAACUGCUGCGUUAAAAAGCAAAUGUGCCCACUCCGGUCUUGGCACGUGCGCUCUAGCCAACAGCUUACAGAUACAGUGGGGGUAGGCUAGUCUACAUGAUGAUUAUUAUGGAUAAUAUUUUUAUUUGUCAAAUGGCAGUCUAGCAUGGAUCAUCAUGUCACCAGAAUUAGACCCUCAAUAUUUAUUGGAAAGGAACAUCAAGAUCACCAUGCACUUUCACCACCCUGUGAAGUUCAUCAUAACUUAUUUCAUCUGUAGCCUAAAAAACUGCAUGGUUUCCCAAGUUUACUCCGAUAUGAUGGUUAUUAUAUCAAUAUUUGCGCAGCACCCCCACCCCCAAACAUCUUACCGCGGCUAUACGUGCGUGCCUGCGUGCUUAUCACUGUAAACCCCAAUGUGCUGUCAUUAUUCAAAACUUUUGAGGAUACCCGUUGCACUUAAUAUAUCUGAGUACAGUUACUUAAAGUGAUUUUGUAGUCAUUACUUAAACAGAGUCACUGUGACCCUGUAGGGGGUCCAGAUUUGAGUUGUAUCAGCUUGAAAAUGUUGAGUAACGCCCCCACUAUGCCACGCCUACAAUAUAAUUUCCCAGUGUGCCUUAACUUUUCAAGUGAAUUGUAGAGUUACAUCCAUGACUGUAUUUGUUAGCGACAGAAAUGUGGUUGUUGAAUUCAUACAUUUUCAGUCCUGUGGCCGUCACCAAGUGAGUUCCUAGGUUAAUGUUAUCAUUAUAAUUAAACUCUUUAUGACAAUACAUUACAUAUCUCAUAAGACAUUAUUUUAAGGCCUAGCUUUACUCUAAUACAGUGGCCUGAAACUCUUGGUUUACGAGCUACAUCAGUUCUGCAAGUAGGGUUGCAAAAUUCCAGUAACUUUCCCCAAAUUCCCUGAUUUUCAAAAAUUCCUGGUUGAAGGAUUUCCACGAGUCUUCCAACUGGGAUUUCUGGAAAACUUGGGAAAUUUACCAGAAUUUUGCAACCCUACCAGCAAGUUACAUUAUGCUGGCUUGGAAAGGGAUGUGUAAUUCCUAUUGGAAUCCAGCCAGAGUUAGGAUAUCCAACAGCUGACAUUUUUAUUCACGCCAACCUGCAUUCAUAAUGACUGCCAGGGUUAAGAACAGUGUGAGGAGACUACCUAAACCAUUUUAAACUGGAACAACCAUUUCAGUAACAGGUGCUAAAUAUCUAAAUAUGAUUUGAUUAGUUUAGAAAAAUGUAUGUUCUUUAUAUUUUUGUAGCAUAAGAUUAGUAAAUCAAUCACUCAAUGUACAUGCCAAAACACAUAUAUUUAAAACAAUUCCAAAAAUCGACCUGCAGUAGAUCAUGCUUGGAUUUUUUUUGAUUUGUUAUCAAAACUUUAAGAAACUUAGUUUUGACAUUCAUCUUUGUAAAACUAACCAGAUACUUAGAUUUUCAGAGUGUGUGGACUCUCAGAAGUAAGGGUAUGGUUAGGGUACAGUAUUGUUCCCUGGGGUACAAAAAUAUCAAAAUACACAUAAUGUACCUUCAGAGGUACACAUAUGAUCUCACAUGGUACUGUUUGGUGCCUUUUAGGAUAUUCGGAAAGUAUUCAGAUCCCUUGACUUUUUACACAUUGUUUAGUUACAGCCUUAUUCUAAAAUGGAUUAAAUUGUUUUUUUCCUCAGCAAUUUACACACAAUACCCCAUAAUGACAACGCAAAAACAUUUUUAUUUAUUUAUUUUUUAGCAAAUGUAUUAAAAAUAAAAAACGGACAUAUCACAUUUACAUAAGUAUUCAGACCCUUUACUCAGUACUUUGUUGAAGCACCUUUGGCAGCGAUUACAGCCUCAAGUCUUCUUGGGUAUGACGCUACAAGCUUGGCACACCUGUAUUUGGGGAGUUUCUCCCAUUCUUCUCUGCAGAUCCUCUCAAGCUCUGUCAGGUUGGAUGGGGAGCAUCGCUGCAAAGCUAUUUUCAAGUUUCUCCAGAGAUGUUAGAUCGGGUUCAAGUCUGUGCUCUGGCUGGGCCACUCAAGGACAUUCAGAGACUUGUCCUGAAGCCACUGCUGCGUUGUGUUGGCUGUGUGCUUAGGGUCGUUGACCUGUUGGAAGGUGAAACUUCACCCCAGUCGGAGGUCCUCAGCGCUCUGCAGUAGGUUUUCAUCAAGGAUCUCUCUGUACUUUGCUCUGUUCAUCUUUCCCUAGAUCCUGACUAGUCUCCCAGUCCCUGCCGCUGAAAAACAUUCCUCACAGCAUGAUGCUGCCACCACCAUGCUUCACCGUAGGGAUGGUGCAAAGUUUCCUCCAGACGUGAUGCUUGGCAUUCAGGCCAAAGAGUUCAAUCUUGGUUUCAUCAGACCAGAGAAUCUUAUUUCUCAUGGUCUGAGAGUCCUUUAGGUGCCUUUUGGCAAAAUCCAAGUGGGCUGUUUACUGAGGAGUGGCUUCCUCAAGAGGGACAAACAGUAAUAUUGCCGCUUUGUUCUCGUUUUUCAAGCAAAGGACUUUUAAGGGAGUAUGUGAAGCACAGACGUUCACUUCGCCUAGCCAGGUUCUGCUAGGAGAAACUGAACCUAGUAUGCAGAGCCUUAACUCUGCUCCUACCUCUUCCCGUGGCAGUCUCUGCUGUCUCAGAUCUGGUGGGGAGACAUGGAGAGGAGCACGGAGGUCUGGAAACUGGUCCUCACCUUCUUCUUACCCCCCCUCAUCUACACCAACCUCAUCACUUUCAGGUUAGUGGCUACCUGUCUGUCUGUCUGUCUGACAAUUUCCAAUCCAUGGAGCUUUCCGUAUGUUCCUCAUUCAGUGCGUACAGAGAAAUUGGAGUAAUAUAGAGAAGAUUGACCAGCGCUGAAGGGAAAAAAGUUGGAAAUUGGAAUGAUUCAGGAAAAUGUCCAAUACGUGAAGCACUGCUUAUUUUCUUCACUCUGCACGAUAGUAUCAUUCCAAAUUCCUGCUUUCCCUUCUCUGUAUCAAUCCCAUUUUCAAUACAUGGAGUGUUAGAGAAAUUGGAACGAUACAGAGAAGAUGGUGAUGAAGGAAAGUUUCCUCACUCUGCGCUGUCUGUCGGUCUCUCUCUCUCUCUCUGUCUCAGGGAACAGGAGGAGGAGGAGGGGAAGUCGGAGGAGGUGACUCAUGGUCGAGACACAGACAGUCUGGAUGGAGGAGAUGCCACCGUGUUCCCUCUCGCCGACAUCAUGCAAACGUAAGCACACACACACACACACAUUCACACACUCACACACACACACACACACAGUAAUUAUUCUCAUUAUUGUCCUCUCAGGGAAGAGGAUGCUGAGGAAUAUGCUGCUUUAAGGGCCAAACUGAAAGGUGCCUCCAAUCCCAAGAGGCCCUUCGUACUGAUGCGCUGGAGGGAGUUCUGGUUUGCGCCCGUCACCUCGUUCCUAGGCAACGUGCUGAUGUACUUCCUGUUCCUCGCCCUGUUUGCUUACAUCCUAUUGGUGGACUUCAAGCCCCCGCCCCCUCACGGCCCAUCCACCUUAGAGUUUGUUCUCUACUUCUGGGUCUUCACCCUGGUCUGUGAGGAGUUUCGACAGGUAGGACACAUCACACGAACACACACACACACACACACAAUUGACAGGUAAGAACAUUCAUAUUAAUGACCAUCCUCUCUCUCUCUCGCAGACGUUCUUCGUGGGCAGCAACACUAUAUAUCAGAGGAUGAAUCUCUACAUCCAGGACAUGUGGAAUAAGUGUGACAUCACGGCCAUCUCACUCUUUGCCCUGGGUACGUGCUGCAGGUGUGUAUAUUUCAUAUUUAGAUGUGUUUAUAUGUGUCUGUGUGUUGAUGUAUAUGGCCUGUACACUCAGUGGCCAGUUUAUUAGGUUACACCCAUCUAGUAUUGGGUCGGACCCCCCUUUGCCUCCAGAACAGCCUGAAUUAUUUGGGGCAUGGCGUUCAAUCAUUGCUCAGUUGGUAUCAAGGGACGUAACGUGUGUCAGAAAAACAUUCCCCACACCAGUACACCGUCGCCACCAGCCUGUACCAUUGACACCAUCAACAUGACACAACAGGAACUGGGAUUUUUCGGAUCAGGCAAUGUUUUUCCACUCCUCAAUUGUCCAGUGUUGGUGACCACGUGCCCACUAGAGCGGUUUCUUCUUAUUUCUAACUGACAGGAGUGGAACCUGCUGUGGUCGUCUGCUGCAAUAGUCCCUCCGUGACAAGGAUCGACGAGUUGUGCAUUCCCGAGAUGCCAUUCUGCACACCACUGUUGUUCUGCCCCGUUAUUUUUCUGUUUGUGGCCCGCCUGUUAGCUUGCGCGAUUCUCCUUCGAUCUAUCUCAUCAACGAGCUUUUUUCACCCACAAGACUGCCGCUGACUGGAUGUUUUUUGUUUGUCGCACUAUUCUCAGUAAACCGUGAAAAGCCCUGGAGGCCGGCCGUUUCUGAGAUACUGCAUCCGGCUUGCCUGGCACCGGCGAUCAUGACACGCUCAAAGUCACUUACAGUGGGGAAAAAAAGUAUUUAGUCAGCCACCAAUUGUGCAAGUUCUCCCACUUAAAAAGAUGAGAGAGGCCUGUAAUUUUCAUCAUAGGUACACGUCAACUAUGACAGAUAAAAUGAGAAAGAAAAAUCCCGAAAAUCACAUUGUAGGAUUUUUUAUGAAUUUAUUUGCAAGUUAUGGUGGAAAAUAAGUAUUCGGUUAAUAACAAAAGUUUCUCAAUACUUUGUUAUAUAGCCUUUGUUGGCAAUGACACAGGUCAAACGUUUUCUGUAAGUCUUCACAAGGUUUUCACACACUGUUGCUGGUAUUUUGGCCCAUUCCUCCAUGCAGAUCUCCUCUAGAGCAGUGAUGUUUUGGGGCUGUUGCUGGGCAACACAGACUUUCAACUCCCUCCAAAGAUUUUCUAUGGGGUUGAGAUCUGGAGACUGGCUAGGCCACUCCAGGACUCCUGAGUGGCGCAGUGGUCUAAGGCACUGCAUCGCAGUGCUAACUGUGCCACUAGAUCCUGGUUCGAAUCCAGGCUCUGUCGCAGCCGGCCGCGACCAGGAGAUUCAUGGGCGGCGCACAAUUGGCCCAGCGUCGUCCAGGGUAGGGGAGGGAAUGGCCGGCAGGGAUGUAGCUCAGUUGAUAGAGCAUGGCGUUUGCAACGCCAGGGUUGUGGGUUCGUUUCCCACGGGGGGCCAGUAUAAAAAAAAAAAAAUAUGUAUUCACUAACUGUAAGUCGCUCUGGAUAAGAGCGUCUGCUAAAUGACUAAAAUGUAAAUGUAAAUGCUUCUUACGAAGCCACUCCUUCGUUGCCCGGGCGGUGUGUUUGGGAUCAUUGUCAUGCUGAAAGACCCAGCCACGUUUCAUCUUCAAUGCCCUUGCUGAUGGAAGGAGGUUUUCACUCAAAAUCUCACGAUACAUGGCCCCAUUCAUUCUUUCCUUUACACGGAUCAGUCGUCCUGGUCCCUUUGCAGAAAAACAGCCCCAAAGCAUGAUGUUUCCUCCCCCAUGCUUCACAGUAGGUAUGGUGUUCUUUGGAUGCAACUCAGCAUUCUUUGUCCUCCAAACACGACGAGUUGAGUUUUUACCAAAAAGUUAUAUUUUGGUAUCAUCUGACCAUAUGACAUUCUCCCAAUCCUCUUCUGGAUCAUCCAAAUGCACUCUAGCAAACUUCAGACGGGCCUGGACAUGUACUGGCUUAAGCAGGGGGACACGUCUGGCACUGCAGGAUUUGAGUCCCUGGCGGCGUAGUGUGUUUCUGUGUUUCUGAUGGUAGGCUUUGUUACUUUGGUCCCAGCUCUCUGCAGGUCAUUCACUAGGUCCCCCCGUGUGGUUCUGGGAUUUUUGCUCACCGUUCUUGUGAUCAUUUUGACCCCACGGGGUGAGAUCUUGCGUGGAGCCCCAGAUCAAGGGAGAUUAUCAGUGGUCUUGUAUGUCUUCCAUUUCCUAAUAAUUGCUCCCACAGUUGAUUUCUUCAAACAAGGCUGCUUACCUAUUGCAGAUUCAGUCUUCCCAGCCUGGUGCAGGUCUACAAUUUUGUUUCUGGUGUCCUUUGACAGCUCUUUGGUCUUGGCCAUAGUGGAGUUUGUAGUGUGACUGUUUGAGGUUGUGGACAGGUGUCUUUUAUACUGAUAACAAGUUCAAACAGGUGCCAUUAAUACAGGUAACGAGUGGAGGACAGAGGAGCCUCUUAAAGAAGAAGUUACAGGUCUGUGAGAGCUAGAAAUCUUGCUUGUUUGUAGGUGACCAAAUACUUAUUUUCCACCAUAAUUUGCAAAUAAAUUCAUUAAAAAUCCUACAAAGUGAUUUUCUGGAGAAAAAAAUUCUCAAUUUGUCUGUCAUAGUUGACGUGUACCUAUGAUGAAAAUUACAGGCCUCUCUCAUCUUUUUAAGUGGGAGAACUUGCACAAUUGGUGGCUGACUAAAUCCUUUUUUCCCCCACUGUAUGUGACUAGUUUCCCCAUACUAAUGUUCAAUCGAACAGUAACUGAAUGCCUCGAUGCCUGUCUGCCUGCUUUAUAUAGCAGCCACGGCCACGUGAGUCACUGUCUGUAGGAGUGAUCAAUAUUUCCAUAAACUGACCACUGACUGUUUAUGAGUGUGUGUAUCUUUGUGAGUGUGUGUGUGUGUCCCUGUGACUAUAGCCAGGCGUUUGUUGUGUGUUCUAGAAUGUUCCCGUGGUCCUAUGAGUUUGGCCGUGCUGUGUUGGCUGUGGACUACAUGGUGUUUACCCUCCGUCUCAUCCACAUCUUCGCCAUCCACAAACAGCUGGGACCCAAGAUCAUCAUCGUCGGCAACAUGGUAAGUGAUAUUUUAAAACUAUGUGUGAUGGUCUUUGUCGACUGAAAGAUGAUUGUGUGAUGUUAACUUGUAAUGAAGAUUGUGUAAACAUUUCAACAUUUCAAAUGCUAUCUAUACUGACUGUACAAAACAUUAAGAAUACCUCCCUAAUAUCGAGUUGCACCCUCCCCUCCCCUUUUCCAUCAGACCAGCCUCAAUUCGUCGGGGCAUGGACUUUACAAGGUGUCGAAAGCGUUCCACAUGGAUGCUGGCCCAUGUUGACUCCAAUGCUUCCCACAGUUGUAUCAAGUUGGCUGGAUGUCCUUUGGGUGGUGGACCAUUCUUGAUACACACGGGAAACUGUUGAGAGUGAAAAACCCAGCAGCGUUGCAGUUCUUGACACAAACCGGUGCACCUGGCACCUACUACCAUACCCUGUUCAAAGGCACUUCAAUCUUUUGUCUUGCCCAUUCACCCUCUGAAUGGCACACAUACACAAUCCAUGUGUCAAUUGUCUCAAGGCUUAAAGAUCCUUCUUUAACCUGUCUCCUCCCCUUCAUCUACACUGAUUUAAGUGGAUUUAAAAGGUGACAUCAAUGAGGGAUCAUAGCUUUCACCUGGAUAGUCUAUGUCAUGGAAAGAGCAGGUGUUCAUAAUGUUUUGUACAGUGUGUAUAUAAACACACUUGUGUUGUGUGGUAAGGUAAGCUAACCACUGACGAUAUCUACUCCUGUUCAAGUAUUUUAAAUGGAGAGUCUGUGUUAAAGUCUAUGAGUCGACAUCAUGUAGGUCUGUACAAACGUCCUUUAGAGUUAUUUCAGCUUUAGCGAUACAUUUCCUAAUCAUCUGUUCCUCUUCCUGGUUGGUAGAUGAAGGACAUCUUCUUCUUCCUCUUCUUCCUGGCGGUGUGGCUCAUGGCUUAUGGUGUAGCCAAUCAGGUGCUGCUCUACUCCUAUGACCCCCGUCCCAAUUGGAUCUUUCGCAGAGUGUUCUACAGGCCAUACCUGCACAUAUUUGGACAGAUCCCCAUACACGAAAUGGAUGGUGCGUCAAUGUUUGUGUACGAAUGUGGUUUUUCAUGUGAAUGUUUGUGUGUGUCUCUGUGUGUACUUGAAACCUACAGCAAUAGUAUAUAACUGUGCUCUCUCUUUCUCUGUUCUUUCAGCCCUCUCCCUCAGUAUCCCCUCCUAAUCUCUUAUCCUAAACGCUGGCCAAUCUACCCUCUUUACCUUAUCAUUUCAAUUGUUGACUUUUUUUCUUCACAUCCCUCUCCCUGGUUGUUCCCAUCUAUACUGAGCAAAAAUAUAAACACAACAUGUAAAGUGUUGGUCCAUUGUUUCAUGAGUUGAAUUAUAAGAUCCCAGAAAUGUUCCAUAUGCUUAUUUCUCUCCAUUUUUUCCACAAAUUUGUUUACAUCCCUGUUAGUGAACAUUUCUCCUUUGCCAAGAUAAUCCAUCCACCUGACAGGUGUGGCAUAUCAAGAAGCUGAUUAAACGGCAUGAUCAUUACACAGGUGCAACUUGUGCUGGGGACAAUAAAAGGCCACUCUAAAAUGUGCAGUUUUGUCACACAACACAAUGCCACAAAUGUCUCAAGUUUUGAGGGAGCAUGCAAUUGGCAUGCUGACUGCAGGAAAAUCUACCAGAGCUGUUGCCAGAGAAUUGAAUGUUCAUUUCUCUACCAUAAGCCGCCUCCAACGUUGUUUUUGAGAAUUUGGCAGUACGUCCAACCAGCCUCACAACCGCAGACCACGUGUAACCAUGCCAGCCCAGGACCUCCACAUCCGGCUUCUUCACCUGCGGAAUCGUCUGAGACCAGCCACCCGGCAGCUGAUGAAACUGAGGAGUGUUUCUGUCUGUAAUAAAGCCAUUUUUCUGAUUGGCUGGGCCUGGCUCCCUAGUGGGUGGGCCAGUCUCCCAAGUGGGUGGGCCUAUGCCCUCCCAGGCCCCCCCCCCAUGGUUGCCCAGUCAUCUGAAAUCCAUAGAUUAGGGCCUAAUGCAUUCAUUUCAAUUGACUGAUUUCCUUAUAUGAACUGUAACUCAGUAAAAUCGUUGAAAUUGUUGCAUGUUCCGUUUAUAUUUUUGUUCAGUAUAUUUCAAACCCUCUCACCGUCUCCCUCCCUCUCCUCUCUCCAUCCCCUCUUCUCUCCCUGUCUCUCUGUCCGUAGCUGAUAAACUGGAGGAGGGGAGAGAGUGCACCAAUAACGCCACCCUGAUUGAGGCGGGGGCAGAGCCCUGCAUAAGUACCUACGCCAACUGGCUGGUGGUCAUCCUACUGGUCAUUUACCUGCUGGUCACCAACAUCCUCCUGGUCAAUCUGCUCAUCGCCAUGUUCAGGUAACGUACCUUCUCGCUCUGUCCCUCUUUCACCCUCUCUGUUCUUCUUUCUCUCUGUCCCUCUUUCACCCUAUCGUUCCCUCUUUCACUCUCUGUGCCUCUUUCCCAUCUAGCACCCCCCUCCAUAUCCCUGUGUCACUCUCUUUGUGUUCCCCUCAACAGAUCAUCCCGCAUUCAAUAGGCCCCUCUAAUCGGUGGGCUGAAUUCCUCUGAUCUAGUUCCUCACUGUGUCUUGAAUAGUGUUGUUUAUUCUCUCAGAACCACUGAUAGUUGAUUGAAUUAAAUUAAAUCGAAUUAACUAUUUGACACUAGCAUUGCGUGUUUGAGUGUUAUCAAAAUGCCAAAUGUUUUUCUGGCUCGGCUUUCAUAUGCGACAUUUGGGACGAUAACGUCAUUAACCAAAAAGUAUAAUAAAACCAAAACAUUUUAUAUGAGCGAGUGUCACCUACAGUGCAUUCGGAAAGUAUUCAGACCCAUUGACUUUUUCCACAUUUUGUUACGUUACAGCCUUAUUCUAAAAUCCUCAGCAAUCUACACACAAUACCCCAUAAUGACAAAGCAAAAACAGGUUUUUAGGAAUUUUUGCAAAUGUAUUAAAAAUAAAAAACAUACCUUAUUUACAUAAGUAUUCAGACCCUUUGCUAUGAGACUCGAAAUUGAGCUCAGCUGCAUCCUGUUUCCAUUGAGCAUCCUUGAUGUUUCUACAACUUGAUUGCACCUGUAGUAAAUUAAAUUGAUUGGACAUGAUUUUCAAAGGCACACACCUGUCUAUAUAAGGUCCCACCGUUGACAGUGCAUGUCAGAGCAAAAACCAAGCCAAGAGGUCAAAGGAAUUGUCCAUAGAGCUCCGAGACAGGAUUGUGUCGAGGCACAGAUCUAGGGAAGGGUUAUACAGCAUUGAAGUACCCCCAAAACACAGUGGCCUCCACCAUUCUUAAGUGGAAGAAGUUUGAAACCACAAAGACUCUUCCUAGAGCUGGCCGCUCGGCCAAACUGAGCAAUUGGGGGAGAAGGGUCUUUGUCAGGGAGGUGACCAAGAACCCGAUGGUCACUCUGACAGAGCUUUAGAGUUCCUCUGUGGAGAUGGGAGAACCUUCCAGAAGGACAACCAUCUCUGCAGCACUCCACCAAAUCAGGCCUUUAUGGUAUAGUGGCCAGAUGGAAGCCGCUCCUCAGUAAAAGGCACGUGACAGCCCGCUUGGAGUUUGCCAAAAGGCCCCUAAAGACUCUCAGACCAUGAGAAACAAGAUUCUCUGGUCUGUUGAAACCAAGAUUGAACUCUUUGGCCUGAAUGGCAAGCGUCACGUCUGGAGGAAACCUGGCACCAUCCCUACGAUGAAGCAUGGUGGUGGCAGCAUCAUGCUGUGGGGAUAUUUUUCAGCGGCAGGGACUGGGAGAAUAGUCAGGAUCGAGGCAAAGAUAAACAAAGAGCAAAGUACAGAGAGAUCCUUGAUGAAGUCCUGAGCGCUCUGGAGCAGGUUUUCAAACUGGGGCGAAGGUUCACCUUCCAACAGGACAACGACCCUAAGCACACAGCCAAGACAAUGCAGGACAAGUCUCUGGAUGUCCUUGAGUGGCCCAGCCAGAGCCCGGACUUGAACCCGAUUUGAACAUCUCUAGAGUGACCUGAAAAUAUUUGUGCAGCAACGCUUCCCAUCCAACCUGAUAUAGCUUGAGAGGAUCUGCAGAGAAGAAUGGGAGAAACUCCCCAAAUACAGGUGUGCCAAGCUUGUAGCAUCACACCCAAGAAGACUCAAGGCUGUAAUCGCUGCCAAAGGUGCUUCAACAAAGUACUGAGUAAAGGGUCUGAAUACUGAUGUAAAUGUGAUAUUUAAGUUUUUUUUUUUUUAUAAAUUAGCAAAAAUGUCUAGAAACCUGUUUUUGCUUUGUCAUUAUUGGGUAUUGUGUGUAGAUUGAUGAGGACAAAAAAACAAUUUUAGAAUAAGGCUGUAACGUUUCAAAAUGUGGAAAAAGUCAAGGGGUCUGAAUACUUUCCAAAUGUGCUGCAUUCCCUGAUGUUCUGGCUGGUAACAUUUCACUAUGGCUGGCUCUCUCGCUCUCCUCACUGCAGUCAUACGUUCUCCAAAGUGCAGGAGCACAGCGACACCUACUGGAAGUUCCAGCGCUACAAUCUGAUCAUGGAGUACCAUUCCAAACCCUGUCUGGCACCACCCUUCAUCAUCAUCUCCCACCUCCACCUCUUCAUCAAGAGACAAAUCCGCAAGAUCCCCUCCACAAAGAUCAAACACUUUGGUGAGAGAGGGAGGGAGACGAGGAGAGCCACUAGAGAUGUGAUGUAUUGUGAAAUGAAAAUGCUCACAGUUGAUAAAUUACUAGUGUUUUAGAAGUCCACUCCCAUUGUCGUCUAAAAUUAUCUGAAUAGCUGAAUAUUUUUUUAUAAUUUUAUCUUCUUCCAAAUCCCUCCCUUUUCCUCUCCUCUAUCUCUCCUUCAGUUCUUGAGAUACGUGGUAAGCAGGCCAGGAAACUGAACAUGUGGGAGGCCAUCCAGAAGGAGAAUAUACUGUCUGCCCAGAACAAACGAGAGAGAGAGAGCGACUCAGAGAGACUCAAACAUACCUCCGUCAAGUGAGACAUCUCUCCAGCUCUCUCCCUCGGCCACUUAUUUAUGUCAUAGACUAAAUGCCAGAUUAAUUUAACAGCUUUAGUCAGUUUUUUCCCCCAAUUGCGUUGGUGCUAUUUUCACAAGUAUGUGGUGAAUUUUCUAAACUCUUAGUACAACGGUCCAAACUGGUAACACUUGUAAUGCAGAAAGUCUUAUAUUUAAAACCUUUAUUUGUGCAUUAAUUUUGUUUGGAAAGAUCUUUCACCACUCAACCAUUAAUCCAAAAUACAAGUUUACUGUGAAAUACCAUGAGAACAUUGAUUUAAACACCAAAACACAUCAUAAUGAUAUCUAACCAGUUAAUCCAAUGUUUCAAAAUUGCCUUUUGAAUGUAGUAUGCUACAGUACUGUAAAUUACAGUACAUUACACUGUUUUCACAUUACGCAAUACACUUACACUACCCAUCAAAACUUCAAAUCUAAUUUCCAUAAUUUAUCUCCCAUGUGUGGUCAAAGGUGUGAUCAUCGAAGACAUCUUUCACAGUCAUUGAUGCAAAAUUUUAUUUAUUGUUCAUAUAUAAUUACACUAUAGGUGUACUGUAAUCAAAUUAAACAAAUGCAAUGAAUGAAAGAAAGGCACUAGUUUGGAUCAAGCCUGUCUUGAGCAUUUGGCCAUAGGUUCUUAUUGACAUCACAGUAAAAUGUCCUCAUUGUUCAUGCACCAGGGGAAAAAUAUUUUGGCAUGGCGAAUCCAAGCCUGACAUAGAUGGGGAUGGCAAUCAUACACCCUCCACCUGUAUUGUAAUCAUGUAUUGUAUUUAACAGUAUUGUGUCGUACUUAUGAAUUGUAGUGGUCCUGUAUGGCUCAAUUAGUAAGAGCAUGGCUAGCUAGCUAUAGCUACAUCAGAGUACCACAGUGGGUUUGAUUGGGGACACAUACAAAAUGUGUGGACUUAACUGUUGUCACUUUCAGUGGCGGACUUACCAUUAAGCAGAACAGGCCUCACAUCAUCAAGAGGCCUCGUGAGCUGGGCAUAAUAAAAUAAAACAAUACUCGUAAUCUUUAAAAACAAAUAGUAAUUUAUCCGCUUGAGGCCCCCCCAUGCUCCACAUGAGGCCCCCCAACCCCCUCCGACAAACAACCUGCUGUCGCUCAGCUCAUCGCUCUCAUUCAGUCUUGCUUCAGCAGGCUGGUUCAGCAGCAGCAAAAUCUGCAAAGGAAAUGGGGAGGAAGGUUUUUUUUUUUCUGGCCAUUGUUGACAAAAAAGGCCUCCAAAAAAGUAAAUUAAUCCAUACAGCCAAAUAAUAAUUAAUGAUGGAUCAAUAAUUUACAAUAAUUUAUGUACAUAUAUUUUAUAGCAAUAUUAAUAUAAUCCACGUUUUUCCUCAUAAUAGUAGAGAUAAGUGUCAUUAAUUAACCACGGACUAUUCCACCCUAACAGAUCACAAAUGUGACUUUCAUUGAAAUUAAGCUGCAGCAAUGAAGAGCUUUCAGAGCAGGGCAGAGAAAAUUGAAAUAAAGAAAACACAUUUCUUUAGUAAAAAGACAGGUGCUGCUGAUAAGACUGCCAUCGUCGUCGAGGCUGAGGCAGAUGACAUGUACAGUGGGGAGAACAAGUAUUUGAUACACUGCCGAUUUUGCAGGUUUUCCUACUUACAAAGCAUGUAGAGGUCUGUCAUUUUGAUCAUAGGUACACUUCAACUGUGAGAGACGGAAUCUAAAACAAAAAUCCAGAAAAUCACAUUGUAUGAUUUUUAAGUAAUUCAUUUGCAUUUUAUUGCAUGACAUAAGUAUUUGAUACAUCAGAAAAGCAGAACUUAAUAUUUGGGACAGAAACCUUUGUUUGCAAUUACAGAGAUCAUACGUUUCCUGUAGGUCUUGACCAGGUUUGCAUACACUGCAGCAGGGAUUUUGGCACACUCCUCCAUACAGACCUUCUCCAGAUCCUUCAGGUUUCGGGGCUGUCGCUGAGCAAUACGGACUUUCAGCUCCCUCCAAAGAUUUUCUAAUGGGUUCAAGUCUGGAGACUGGCUAGGCCACUCCAGGACCUUGAGAUGCUUCUUACGGAGCCACUCCUUAGUUGCCCUAGCUGUGUGUUUUGGGUCGUUGUCAUGCUGGAAGACCCAGCCACGACCCAUCUUCAAUGCUCUUACUGAGGGAAGGAGGUUGUUGGCCAAGAUCUCGCGAUACAUGGCCCCAUCCAUCCUCCCCUCAAUACGGUGCAGUCGUCCUGUCCCCUUUGCAGAAAAGCAUCCCCAAAGAAUGAUGUUUCCACCUCCAUGCUUCACGGUUGGGAUGGUGUUCUUGGGGUUGUACUCAUCCUUCUUCUUCCUCCAAACACGGCGAGUGGAGUUUAGACCAAAAAGCUCUAUUUUUGUCUCAUCAGACCACAUGACCUUCUCCCAUUCCUCCUCUGGAUCAUCCAGAUGGUAAUUGGCAAACUUCAGACGGGCCUGGACAUGCGCUGGCUUGAGCAGGGGGACCUUGCGUGCGCUGCAGGAUUUUAAUCCAUGACGUCGUAGUGUGUUACUAAUGGUUUUCUUUGAGACUGUGGUCCCAGCUCUCUUCAGGUCAUUGACCAGGUCCUGCCGUGUAGUUCUGGGCUGAUCCCUCACCUUCCUCAUGAUCAUUGAUGCCCCACGAGGUGAGAUCUUGCAUGGAGCCCCAGACCGAGGUUGAUUGACCGUCAUCUUGAACUUCUUCCAUUUUCUUAUAAUUGCGCCAACAGUUGUUGCCUUCUCACCAAGCUGCUUGCCUAUUGUCCUGUAGCCCAUCCCAGCCUUGUGCAGGUCUACAAUUGUAUCCCUGAUGUCCUUACACAGCUCUCUGGUCUUGGCCAUUGUGGAGAGGUUGGAGUCUGUUUGAUUGAGUGUGUGGACAGGUGUCUUGUGUACAGGUAACGAGUUCAAACAGGUGCAGUUAAUACAGGUAAUGAGUGGAGAACAGGAGGGCUUCUUAAAGAAAAAUGAACAGGUCUGUGAGAGCCGGAAUUCUUACUGGUUGGUAGGUGAUCAAAUACUUAUGUCAUGCAAUAAAAUGCAAAUUAAUUACUUAAAAAUCAUACAAUGUGAUUUUCUGGAUUUUUGUUUUAGAUUCCGUCUCUCACAGUUGAAGUGUACCUAUGAUAAAAAUUACAGACCUCUACAUGCUUUGUAAGUAGGAAAACCUGCAAAAUCGGCAGUGUAUCAAAUACUUGUUCUCCCCACUGUAUGUGUAGCCCAUGUACAGUGGGGAAAAAAAGUAUUUAGUCAACCACCAAUUGUGCAAGUUCUCCCACUUAAAAAGAUGAGAGAGGCCUGUAAUUUUCAUCAUAGGUACACGUCAACUAUGACAGACAAAAUGAUUAAAAAAAAUCCAGAAAAUCACAUUGUAGGAUUUAUUAUGAAUUUAUUUGCAAAUUAUGGUGGAAAAUAAGUAUUUGGUCAAUAACAAAAGUUUCUCAAUACUUUGUUAUAUACCCUUUGUUGGCAAUGACACAGGUCAAACGUUUUCUGUAAGUCUUCACAAGGUUUUCACACACUGUUGCUGGUAUUUUGGCCCAUUCCUCCAUGCAGAUCUCCUCUAGAGCAGUGAUGUUUUGGGGCUGUCGCUGGGCAAUACGGACUUUCAACUCCCUCCAAAGAUUUUCUAUGGGGUUGAGAUCUGGAGACUGGCUAGGCCACUCCAGGACCUUGAAAUGCUUCUUACGAAGCCACUCCUUCGUUGCCCGGGCGGUGUGUUUGGGAUCAUUGUCAUGCUGAAAGACCCAGCCACGUUUCAUCUUCAAUGCCCUUGCUGAUGGAAGGAGGUUUUCACUCAAAAUCUCACGAUACAUGGCCCCAUUCAUUCUUUCCUUUACACGGAUCAGUCGUCCUGGUCCAUUUUCAGAAAAACAGCCACAAAGCAUGAUGUUUCCACCCCCAUGCUUCACAGUAGGUAUGGUGUUCUUUGGAUGCAACUCAGCAUUCUUUGUCCUCCAAACACGACGAGUUGAGUUUUUACCAAAAAGUUAUAUUUUGGUUUCAUAUGACAUUCUCCCAAUCCUCUUCUGGAUCAUCCAAAUGCACUCUAGCAAACUUCAGACGGGCCUGGACAUGUACUGGCUUAAGCAGGGGGACACGUCUGGCACUGCAGGAUUUUAGUCCCUGGCGGCGUAGUGUGUUACUGAUGGUAGGCUUUGUUACUUUGGUCCCAGCUCUCUGCAGGUCAUUCACUAGGUCCCCCUGUGUGGUUCGGGAUUUUUGCUCACCGUUCUUGUGAUCAUUUUGACCCCACAGGGUGAGAUCUUGCGUGGAGCCCCAGAUCGAGGGAGAUUAUCAGUGGUCUUGUAUGUCUUCCAUUUCCUAAUAAUUGCUCCCACAGUUGAUUUCUUCAAACCAAGCUGCUUACCUAUUGCAGAUUCAGUCUUCCCAGCCUGGUGCAGGUCUACAAUUUUGUUUCUGGUGUCCUUUGACAGCUCUUUGGUCUUGGCCAUAGUGGAGUUUGUAGUGUGACUGUUUGAGGUUGUGGACAGGUGUCUUUUAUACUGAUAACAAGUUCAAACAGGUGCCAUUAAUACAGGUAACGAGUGGAGGACAGAGGAGCCUCUUAAAGAAGAAGUUACAGGUCUGUGAGAGCCAGAAAUCUUGCUUGUUUGUAGGUGACCAAAUACUUAUUUUCCACCAUAAUUUGCAAAUAAAUUCAUAAAAAAUCCUACAAUGUGAUUCUCUGGAUUUUUUUUCCUCAAUUUGUCUGUCAUAGUUGACGUGUACCUAUGAUGAAAAUUACAGGCCUCUCUCAUCUUUUUAAGUGGGAGAACUUGCACAAUUGGUGGCUGACUAAAUACUUUUUUUCCCCACUGUAUCUAAUGCUGUCUGGCCAAAAGAGUAUGUGAUGUCAUACAUAUAUAGUACAAAAAUGUGUCAAUACCAGAUUUUUGAAGUCAUCAUCAUAAUAGUACAUUACAGUAUCAUGCUUAUACUUUACAAAGAUAUAUUUUCAUUAUGUAGUUCUCAAAAUCUGUAGACAAACCAGUUUAAAAUCUAUAGGUUCACCAAAUGGUUAAAGUGAUUAUAAAAUAACAGCAGUCAGAUGAAGUAAUAGUCAAAUGUAUUUUAACAAAUGAGAACACAAUCAUAUCAAAAGUAAUGUGACCAUUGCAUUGUGAAAAGCAAUGACUUUAUAUGAACAUGUAUUGCAAUGUGUAUUUUUAGAUGAAACACUGACUAAGUUUGGUGAAAAAGUGACUGAUUUUGUGUGUUGUACUUCGUCAAUUGAAAAUGGGCUUAGUUUUGAAACAAAUGCCUUUUUGAUGAUCUGUUUUGAGGUUUGUACUAAGUGUUGUGAAAAUGUACCACAUUCUUCUGAACAAUUAUCCAAAGAGAUUGGUCCUCCUGUGUUAGAGAUUGGUUCAAUUCAAUUUUCUUUUCAUGAAUAGGACUUCAAUUCACUUCCUGAAUUGACCCCUAACCUGUCUUGUGGUCCUGUGUUGUGGUCGUGUCUGAAGGAUGGACAGUGUCUUAAAGCAGAUGGCAGAGAUCCGGGACCACGACCGCAGGCUGAGAAUGCUGGAGACCAAGGUCAGUGUCAGCCUGGGCCGCUCCCACUGGUCGCAGCACACACACAUACUGCUUUAU